GUUUUAAUCAAUGUACAAUGACAAUGAGUCAGAGCUGGUGGGGCAGCAUCUUUCCAGGAUGUCAAGCAGAAAUCUAGCAGGGAAUGUGAAAUAUCUCUGUCCAAAACCUUGAGAGCUGCUGUCAGAGUGGACAACGCUGAACUAAAUGGACAAAUAUUCUGAGCUGCAAUAGGGCACCUUCCUAUAAUCGGAUUAGAAGAGUCAUCCCCCCCCCUUAUUAUCAUUUUAAAAUGAUACUUUCUGUUUGCAUAUUUACGACAAUUUAGUUUUCAUUACGAUUUUUAUGAUUUUACAUCUGAGGACUGAUUAAUUGGGGGACAGCCUUUUUUGGUCAGCCAACUAAACAUUGCAAGCCCCCUGCUUUCUUGCGCCUUUCCUCAGAAAUCCGCCUAUAUACAGAUCAGUGAUCAAAUGACACGAGAGCCAGAGGAAGCCCGUGUUCUGAAUCAGCUGAAAUUCUCGCAGACCACUGCUGAAUACAGAACACAUCAAAAGGAGAACGGGAAACUCAGGGUAUAUUGCUCUACACGUUUUCUCUCUCUAUGAAUUCUGAGUUACCAGGCCGGACGGAGCCCACUGAUACAUAUUUUUCCCCACCAGCGGCCUCUAGCGUCUGGGAGAAUGCCUUACAGACCCGGACAGGCGCAAAGGCCACGUGACUCGAGUUACGCCUCCGCCAUUUUGUAAGGACGUCGGAAGGAAGCGUCUUCCCGGCCCGCCCGCCCAGCCCCGCGCGACCUGCGUUUUCGUCCGGUGCUACGUGCGCGCGCGAGGAGCGGGGGCAGUUGAUGCGUGCGCAGAGCGGGGGGUGUGGGCUGGGAAGGGAGCUGGCGAGAGCGGCCUUGGCGGCGGCGGAGGCGCUGCUCUUGUCGUGAUGCACCGCUCCAGCAGCAGCCGUUCGAGCAAGCCGUCUUCCAGCCGGUCCAAAACCAGCGCAUCCAGCUCCAGUUCGGCUCGAGGCCGCAGCUCGCACCGCUCGCGCUCGCGCUCCCGGUCUCCGCGGAGCCGCCGCCGGCACCGCUCGCCCUCCAGCGGACGCUCUUCGCGCCGGUCGCCGCCUUCGCGCCGCAGUAGUCGGGUACGCUCUGCCCGUGGCGGCGGUGGCGGAGGCUGAGGGGGUUGCGGGUUGGGGAAUUGGCCCGGCCUCAGCGAAUUUAAGACGCCUCCGAGAGCCAGUGUGGUGCAGUGGUUAAGAGCGGUAGACUCUAAUCUGGUGAACCGGGUUCGCGUCUCCGCUCCUCCACAUGCAGCUGCUGGGUGACCUUGGGCUAGUCACACUUCUCUGAAGUCUCUCAGCCCCACUCACCUCACAGAGUGUUUGUGUGGGGGAGGAAGGGAAAGGAGAUUGUUAGCCGCUUUGAGACUCCUUCAGGUAGUGAUAAAGCGGGAUAUCAAACCCAAACUCCUCUUCUUCCGCCUCCCCAGCGUCCAGGGGUAACGGCCGCCCGCUCACCUCAGUACAGUGGUAUCUCGGGUUACAUACGCUUCAAGUUCCAUACGCUUCAGGUUACAGACUCCGCUAACCCAGAAAUAGUGCUUCAGGUUAAGAACUUUGCUUCAGGAUGAGAACAAAAAUUGUGCUAUGGCGGCAGCAGGAGGCCCCAUUAGCUAAAGUGAUGCUUCAGGUUAAGAACGGACCUCCGAAACGAAUUAAGUACCACUGUACCUUCCCCAAGGAGCAUCCCCCAUCUCUCGCACCUAACUGCCACUUACCGGAAUAGCCAGCCGUUUUCCUGCCCCCAACUUAGUUAUAUAUAACACCAUGGCCCACAUUUCUGGGCGUGCGCCCAGCAACCUUGAGCAUCCCUAAGCUAUCUUACCCGUGAUCCCAACCUUUGCUCUGUGGUGAUGCGAAGGAGGUCGAAAGGCUUAAUGACAGCUGGAGGGGAAGCUUUGCCUCAAAGUAGAGAAACAUGAAAUGUGCAACAGCCCUGUGUAUCCUACAUCUGAGAGGAAAUCACCUUGGAUUUAGUAAGACUUCUGAGUAGACCCGUCUCAGGUUGAGCUGCACGCUCCUUUCUUUCCUUCAUUUCUACAUGAAGGAAAGUGGCCGGUGAUUUUUGCCCGCACACAAAAUACCCUUAACAGGUUAAGGCAAUACCUGUAGACUUGGCUUGUGGUGGGGAGGAGCUUAGGUUUAUUUUUACCAAAGGUUCGUGGAUCGUUGAAUGAAUUUGAAAAGUAGGAUGGCUGCUAAGGCAUAUUGAGCGCAUAAACCUGGUUGGAUUACUUGAAAAUUAUUUCAACCAAAAUCAACACAGCUAAUGGAUAGUCAUGCUUAGGAUCAAACUGUGAAUUUCAGAGAAGAUUAGCCUUUGGAAGUGAUUGUCCUUCACUUUUCAUAUUUGUCAAUAACCAAAUACUUAAAGAUCUUAAAGGCUGGGGGAGAGAUGAAGAAGAAAAGAGGCUGCAUUUGCAUGAUCAGAUCUUGGCCUAAUGAGCUGAGAUGUGCAUAAAUUUACUGAACUCGCAUGCAAUCUCUUUGGUCCCCUGUCCCCUUUGUUCAAGUGGGAAACAUGCCAGGAAACCAUAGUUAUUCUGUUAACAAAUAAUUGGAAAGCUGGUCAAUGGCUUCCAAGGAGGCUAGAAAAUGAAGCCAUUGAAAUAAAAUUUGCUUCCAGUUCCUGUCUUGUUUGGAAGCCAGUGUUUGGAUGUAACAGUACACUGCUGUUAGUUUUGAUGCCUGGCUUUAGGAACGGAGCUGAGCAAGCUGCAUGUGGAUUUGUGACUCUGCACAUAUCUUGGCUUAAUAAACUGAGAUUUGAUUAUCUAGAUAGCAGGAGGAAGCAGAGUGAGGAGAUAAAUGCUUCCAAGAGAUAAGUUCACCUAUCUAAAAAUGUCUAUUAGAACUUGGAAGUGCCCUGUUCGACUGAUGGACUAUCCCCCUGUUCCAUUACUAAUUAAUUUUAAGAAACAACACAUUCCUAGAAUUGACCGCUUUUCUGUGAAAAAUGGGGGUGGACAGUGGUUUUUUGGUGGUCUAUGUCACUAGGAAUAAAUUGGGAGGCUUCCUAUUCUUCUAAAUGGUACAAUUGUCAAUUUAGCUGCAUUUUCUCAUUACAUUGUUGGUGUACAUAUUAUCAGAUGUCUUCACUGCACAUUAUAAACAUUAGGUGCAUGUAGUGUUUUUCAAAUCCACAUCAAUUGUAGUAAAAUUUGCAUACUGCAUUAAUAUUGGCUUAUUUCUUAAAUAGCAUCAUGAACCCCCUGCCUCAUAGUAACUUACUUGGCUAUGAGAAUUCUGAUGUUUUGUUAUUUUAAUUGUAGAGACGCUCUCCAGGCAAGCGCUCUCACUCUCCGGGCAAGCGCUCUCACUCUCCGGGCAAGCGCUCUCACUCUCCGGGCAAGCACUCUCACUCUCCGGGCAAGCGUUCUCACUCUCCGGGCAAGCGUUCUCACUCUCCAGACAAACGCUCUCCAAGUUUGAGUGAUGGGAACAGGUAAGGCUUCUCUGAAUGCCAGUCUCUCAUAAUUAACCUUGGUUAUCUUUCUUGGUACUUGUCCCAUGGGUAAUAUAAAACCCCACAACCUGAUUGUAAGACAUUGUGGGAAAUGUAUAGGACAUGUUGGGAAUCUCACAUAUAGGACAGACAUAUUUAACUCUCUUAUUGACAUAUUUUUAAUACCUCCCUUGGUAUGGAUUUAAAAUGUUAGGAAUUAAAGAGAGGUAUUGAAAACAUGUCUCCGUUUAAUUUCAUACAGCCUUUUUAUAAAUAAGAGCAGGAUGGAGAUGGAUAAAAAGUACAUAGUUCAAUUUUGAAAACCUUUUGUUUGAUUGAAAUCAUUAGUUUUUACAUCUGCUUCUUUGAAUUUUUCUGACAGUUUUGUCUUCAGUGGAUUCUGAGGAAGCCGUGAGAGUAGAUGUGGAACUGAAACAGCUUCUUUUCUAAAAAUGAACCCCAGUUGAAAAACAAAAUGAUGAAACACCCUUUUAGUAAAUUUCUUGUCACCUCAUGACAAUUUAGCUGCUAUUUUAAACUCACAUGUUCCUGCAGGUACAGAAACUGUGUGAAGAUCUAUAUUAUAAUGCUUUCGCUGCCCAAACAUCCUGUUUUCCUAAUCCAUUUAUAGGGGUGAAAUUUAUUCUGCAGAUCCCCAACAGCAGGUUUCUAUUUGGAAUAGGGUUAUAUACACAGACAUGUACAUGAAAAAGGGUAUAUUUAGGAAAGAUAAUUGCAUGAAUGACAGAAGUUGUAAAACACUUUCACACUGAACAAUGAAACUUCCCUGUUGCUUUUACUUCUAGAGCCACUUCUAGAAGUAGAAGCAACAGGGAAAUUUCAUUGUUCAGUGUGAAAGUGUUAAAGCUAUAUCAACACUAGAAUAAGGAAGACCCAAAUUGGACCCACAAGAAAAUGUUGCCACAUAGAGUGCUGCUGAUCAGGGUUCUCUCAGUUAUUCCAUUCCAUUCCUCUUUGCACCCCCACCAGUGUCCUGUGCUUUUGCCCCCAACACUUGCCCAAUAUUCCAUGUUGACAGCUUACUCAGUUUUCCUUGGGCUGGUUAUUUCCUUAUGUCUCUCCUUAGAGUUUUUGAAAAUAUUUUUUGUGCAUCUGCAAAUCUUGGGUUUUCCCUGAGCCAAAAUAUAGCCCGCUCUUAAUGUUUGGGCGGUCAUUUUGGCUACAGAAGGAUUCAUUAUUAGUUUGCUGUUAGUAUGUAGAAUAUGGAAGUAUAACAGCAGAGAUCAUUCAGUGUGUAAUUUAAGGGUUAAUUAUGUUGUAGGUAAGCCAUCUAGAUAAGAGGGGGUAAGUUGCGACCAGGGAGGGUGGCAUGAUCUUUACUGGGAUAGUAGCUGCUUUGGUAAGCUGUCUAGCUGUGAGUGAAUUUUCUUGUGGGUGUUUCAUUGAAUCUAAGAUGCUGUCAACAAGGCCUGUCAAAAGGCAAAACUUCUUUCUUUCUGCUGGGCAGGGCUGUCUUACCCAUAGGCGCUAGGGUUGCGAGGCACCCAGGUGCCAGGCCCUCAGGGGCGCCAGGCUGAGAGUCCGGGGCUCGAGAGUUGAGUCCGGGAAGAGCCCGCCCAUCGGUCGGAGCGCUGCAAUGAGCUCUUCUGGGAGCCAGAGAGCAAGCGAGCAGGCGGGUGGGCAAGCAGACAGACACGCGCCCAGCAAGGAGGAGGAGGACAAGAGGCGGCAGCAACAGCAGCGAGCAGAAAAGGCGGCAAGCGGCAUUCUCUCAGAGUGCAGCGGGCCCAUGCGCAAGCUGCCUCCUCAGCACGCCUUUCCCACCUCGGCUUUAGUGCCGUCCCUUCACUCCUCCGACGCUGGAAGCAGCAGCAGCAGGCAAGCAGCCCCUCCUCAUGCUGCCCUGGGUGGUAGAAGGGACAGGUGGGCCAAAGGGUUGCUGCCGCUCACCUUUCCUGUGCAUUUCUCCACUUUGGUCCAACUUUGGGACUCGAAGUGCGCUGGCGGCAGCUCCCUGAGAGAGAGAAAGAGAGUGAGCGGCUUCGCCUCUUUUUGCCAACCAGGUGCCUGACAACUCUGGGGAACCUUUCCUUUAAAAAGGUUAGCAACUUUGGGGUUCCCCCCAAAAAAGGUUAACAACUCUGGGCAACUUUGAGGGGGGCGCCGGGCGGAUCUUUGCACCCCUGCACCGCAUAUGCUUAAGGCAGCCCUGUGCUGGAGUUUGGUUUGUUCAAUAAACUUUGGCCAGCAUUUUAUUGCUGGGCACAUUGCUCAGUGUCUCUGCUAACAGCGUACUGUUAAAGUGAUUUUAACUCUGUCGUGGUGAUAAGAACAAUGCAAAUUACCGUAUUUUUCGCACUAUAGAACGCACCAGACUAUAGGACGCACCUUGUUUUAGAGGGGGGAGAACAAGGAAAAAAAAUUCUCCCCCUCUCUGCCCAGUGCCCCUUCAGCGAAGCGGGAGGAGGUGCUGCGCAGAGAGGGAGAGAAUUUCCCCCCUCUUGUUUUCCCCCUCUAAAACAAGGUGCCUUCAGGCGGCUACCUCGGAAGCCUGGAGAGCGAGAGGGGUCGGUGUGCACCACCCCUCUCGCUCUCCAGGCUUCAGGUUCCUUUCGACCUGCUCUUUGGGGCUGGCGGGGGGAAGCCCACCACCAGCCCCAAAGAGCAGGUGGGGAGCAGCGGAAAGGCAUGCAGCGAAGAGGUUGCUGCCAUAGCCGCGCGUCACCUCUCCAGCUGGGAGAGGGUCGCGGGGGUCUUCUUUAGCCCCGUGCGCGCUGUCCCGGCUGGAGUGGUGGUGCGCAGCUAAAGAGGCUCCUGCCAUAGCCGCCCGUCACCUCUCCAGCCGGGAGAGGGUCGCGGGGCUAUGGCUUCUUCGCUCCAUAGGACGCACACACAUUUCCCCUUCAUUUUUGAAGGGGAAAAAGUGCGUCCUAUAGAGCGAAAAAUACGGUAUAACUUUUUUUCAACUGAUAGCUUGAUCCUAUGAACCGCCCCCGCCCCCCUUUUUUAAGGGCUUAUAAUAGCUUGAGCUGGUAUAGGUCUGUGUCUUGAUGGACAAUUUUUUUCAGCUGAAUCCAGUUUCCCAUUAUAGAUCUUAUUCUCCUGCAGUAUUAGAAAAUUAGUUAUAUAUGCUAGGUUCCCAAAUGGUUCCUUAAACCAAGGUUGCUGUCGUCAAAAUGGAAUGCCUAGUUUCCAUUUUGGGGCAAGACAGCUCCAGUCUCAGUUUUCAAAUGAUGGACUGUCCAUGAUUGAUUCUGAGUUAAACUUCUGACUACCUUGAGCUAGGUUAAGAGCUUUGAGAACUGGAAGAAGAAAAGUCACUUGAUCCAGGGAUAGUCCACAUACAUAUAUAUUGACCUAAAUUUACCUCUUUUUCUUAAUGGUGACUGUUCCUGCUCAGGCUGCACAGAAAAAGCAAUUUGGUUCCAGAAAUUCAUUCCGAUUGUGCAGAUAAAAUGUAACUGAUAAAAUUUUACAGGGUAUUAGUGGGAUAUUAGUGUGUGAAAACAGUCCAGAUCCAAUGAUCCCCAGAUGGUGAUGUCGGGUGCCAUCCUGGUGCCCAGGCAUCUUCACUUGGUUGCAAGUGGUCAAAAGCCAGGGGCAAAAUGCGCCUGGUGCCUGGCUAAUUUUGAACACUGCUUUGAACUGAUAAGGAAGUUGUCUUCCAUAUUUUGAUAUUUUGCUUCAUACUGUUUUUGACAUGUUAGGUGCAUGAAGAUCUCUUCACAAUUAUUGUUGGGAAAGCGUUCAGCAGGCUGAGUGUGAUGAACACAUGUAUUUAGGUUCAGUGCUUUCAGCAAUCCUCAUUUAAAAACAUGCAUGGAAGUUAUUUUCAGUAGUAAUUCUGAGAGGUUUUUUUUGUUUUGUUUUUUUGCUAAAGUAACAUGCAGAAAACAGUAUGUGAAGGAAAUUAUUUGAGGAGUGGAGGGUGAGAAACUUUGCUGAAUUUGGAACUACAAUAUUGUUGCUGAUGAAAGGGGGAAUUCUACUACUGUAAAACAUACCAAAAUGUUCUGCUGCUUACUUUCCCCCUAGAUAGCCAGCAAGACAUUUGUGUUCCUUUUUUUUUUAUGAGACCAUCUAAAAAAGCGAAACACAACCCUAAAUGUGUGUUGUUCAAAUCCACCAUAAAAUAAUUGAAGUAUGCAGGCCUUUUGUGUAAGAUAAAUAGACAAACUGGAACCUGAGUGCUCUCAAGUUUGGGCUUCUGUUCCUUCUGUUCCUGUUGCAUGUCUCCUAUGCUCAUAAAUAACAAGACUUCUGAAAUGAAUUAUUUCGCUCACUGCAGCAUAGUUUGGACUGUCAAGGGGUGAAGUUAUUGCUGAGUAUAUAAAAUCUUCAGAACCAGCCAUCUUGGGUUCAAGGCAAGAAGUAUUGAGUUGUCAUACAAAGGGCACUUUAUGCCAGCUGGAGUUCAGGGGGGGUUAUUCCAAGUUGCUGAUUUUGUUCUGUACCUCUCUUAUUAGGGAUGACUUGGCUGAUGGUCCAAUAUUUAGCAGUGGCCUUCCACGCCCUCAAAGCAUUGAGCGGUAUUCCUUGAGCAAGGAAACUCCUUCUUCACCUUUCAAUACAGGACAAGAUGAGGAUUAUCGCUUUAGAGACGAUUUCCUCCAUCAAUCUGACUAUAGCACCAGCUAUAACCAUCUACAAUAUCUCCCAAGGGAAACGGAAAGGUAUAGAAUGCUACUUGGGAAGCCAUCAGAGGAUACAGGGCAAGACCUAGAACUUCCUAAACAUGACAGAGAUGACAGACUGCUUAAGAUAGACAUAGAGCCUGAGGAUUUCUUGUCUGGGACGUGGAACUUCUGCAAACAAGAUCCUAGUAAGAGCCCAAGCCUGCCAUUUCACGAUGUGGAUUUACGUGUACUUGAAUAUGCUGGGAGAAAAAGCAAAGAGGAGGAGCUGAGCAGAAAUUGCAGUCAAGACCCUGAACAUAAAUAUAUUUAUAGACCUAAUGAAAUAACAGCAAUGCCCAAAAAAUCUAUUCUGAAGAAACACAGGGAUGAUCCUUCGGUGCAGGUUUGGCAUGUAUUUCUCUCUCUGGUUAAACUGUCCUUUACACUUUUUACUGCUCUUUUAUUGAAUCUUAAAUUUUAUUAUUUAACUUAAUCUCUGUUAAUUCUGGAACAAAUACCCUCAGAAUAAUAUCCAGGCUUCCCUCACAGUUGUGGAGUUUGUUUGGUAUAACUUGUAGAAUAAUCAGCAUAUUGGAUCCCAUUUUUCUUGGAAUGAGGACAUUUUACUAGUUUUGGUAUUUAGAGCAUCCCACUUCAUGAGCAAUUCUACUUUUCAAAAGUUUUCAUUCAGCUUAUUCAUAUAGCUUUAAAAUUCACACAUAAUCAAAAACUUUACUUACUAAAAAAACUCCUAAGCUUUCCAGAAACAGAUUUCCAGGUAGUAUACAUAGGAAUUUAAAUACAGGCGAUUCCCUGUUAGUGUGGGGGCUGCUUUCCAGGUCAUUGUGCAUGUCAGCAAUUGUGCGUAAGCCCAUUUUGCUCCCUUCCAAAGCUGAAAGCAGUGCAUGUCUUGGUGGUCACAUGUCAGGUAGACAGGUGCAAGGUGAUCACCACCUGUACUACAAUCUAAAACAACCGAGAAUACAAUAAAGUUGAGAAUGGCAGAACUAUUCAGCUAGAUAAUAUAACAAUUUGCAGUGGCUGGGUGACAAAAAUAUUUUUACCUGGUUCGAGCACCAGAUUCACUAUCCUUGGCAGUACAUUCUGUAGCUGUGAUGCUAUCACAUAGAAGAGCCUCCCACUUGUAUACGUGUAAUGUUUUUCUCCUAUAGAUAGAACCUGCGGCAAGGUGCCAGAAAUGUUUUAACACCUUGACAUCUGAAGGCAGCCCUGUAUAGGGAAGCUUUUUUAGGUUUAAUGUUUUACUAUGUUUCUAUAUAUAUUCUGGAAGAUGCCCAGAGUGGCUGAGAUACAAAUAAUAAAUUAUUAUUGUUAUUGUUAUUAUUAUUAAUCUGGACAUGAAGGGGUUUUUUACCUCAACAGUAGAAAAAUCAGAAUAGUCAAGACCACCAAAUUAAGGUGGUUUUUGGAAUGGUACAUCUGGGAUUUGUUUUGAACCAUUUAAUGGUACUUACAAUGGGUUGAAUGUAAACAAAAUAAGGGUACUAUUAUUCACAUCUGUGUCUGGCUGAAAUUGAAGAGUUGGCAAUUUAUGCAGUACAUUUACCAUGUUGUGCAUUUUUUUAACCCGCUUGAACCUAAUACAAGAAUCUUAAUACUAGAAUUACCUAGUUGGAUUGGACUGCAGACAUUCUCUCAGAUUGGUAUGGAAUGCUCUGAACAGGUGACAUUUCAUACUAUCAUGACUGGAUUGUUUUUCUGUUGUGUAGCUGUGGAGAGAGAGCACCUUGGCAGGUGGUUCCAGUACUAAAUAUUGUAAAUAAAUAAUGCUUUUCAAAACCGUGCCAACUAUGAUGUGGCAAGUACCUUUUUGGCAUCCUGCUCUCUCUGUCUCAGGGUUUCAGCAAAUGAAAAAAUCAGUUCGUUUCUGAUAAUAGUAACAAUAUGCCUUUGGGAAUUAUCUUUUUGUAGCCGCCAUAACCAGAGCUGCACAUAAUGCUUGCUUGUGAAUGUUUUGGUGCAAAAACACUUUGGGUUUGGUGGAAAAUGUUGAUUUCAAAUCUCCAAAGGUAUUGUUUUACAUAUGUUUGUCCCUGUCCACUGCCACUGUGUUGCUCCUCAGUUACUCAUUUGACAUGGUUUUUCUUCUCUAUUAUUGCUGUGUGAUCUCAGCAAAUCAGGCAUCGCAGAAUGAUUCUCAGGGUACUGCAUAGCCCCUCAGCUUUGGCUAAAUGACAGUGUUAUUCAGGGCAAACAAAGCCCUCUCAUUGCCCUCACUGUGAACGAGGGUUGGCUUGAGUAGGGGCAAGAAUUGCACAGCUGUUAUAAGGUAUCAAGCUGAUAAAUCUUACCUCGCUGGACUGGCAGUUUUAUAGCUCAUUAGAGCAGUGUUGCAAGCCAGGGUUGGCCUUUAGUGGGGGAUAAACGGUCACUUUCUCUUCCAGUGCCCUAUUAAAGACGAUCAGGCAGGAGUGUUGAUUGUGGGCAGUGAAAGUGACAUGACAAAAGUGCAUAAAAUUAUGCACAGCAUGGAGAAAGUAGCUAGAGAAAAGUUUUCUCUUUCUCAUAAUACUAGAACUUGUGGACAUCCAAGGAAGCUGAAUGUUGGAAGAUUCAAGACAGACAAAAGGAAGUACUUCUUCACACUGCACAUAGUUUAACUGUGGAAUUUCUGCCCACAAGAGGCAGUAAUAGCCGCUAACUUGGGUGGCUUUAAAAGAGGACUGGCAAAUUCACAGAGGUUAUGGCUAUCAGUGGGUGCUAACCCUGAUGGAUAUGCUCUGCCUUCACUGUUGUGUUGGAGGUGGUAUGCUUCAGAAUACCAGUUGCUGGAAACUGCAGGUGGGCAGAGGGCUGUUGCUCUCAGCUCUUGCUUGUGGCCUUCCCUUGGGCUUCUAGUUGGCCACUAUGAGAACAGGAUUCUGGGCUAGGUGGGCCACUGGCUGGAUCCAGCAGACUGUUCUCACGUUCUUAAAGUAUGGCCCAUUCCUAAUCAAAAUGGCCAUCUUAUGCAGAUGUAACAGCGUGGUAUUUUGGAACUAUUUUGUCUCUUUCAAUUCCAUUUUUUAUCUUUGUCUUACAGUUUUCAGUUAGUGUUAUGAACUACUGAAUAUAAACCCUUUAUAUUAAAGUUAUGUCUGUCUUAAUAGAUUGGGAAAGUGAUUAGCAUCCUUGCAAAAUGUAGUAACAAAUGGCAAUUUCUUUCUUUUUAGCCUGAAGUCUUUUCUAGCAGUUCUGCCUCUCUCAAAGAGCCCCCUCUUCUUUCAGAUGAUCCUCCUUUUCCCCAGAGAACCAACAGCAUUGCUCCUUUUUCAACUGAGGAGGUGAAAUUCCUCAAACAGUUCAAUAAAAAUGCAGAUGUAGAACCUGCAAAUAUAACAUCUGAAGGCAAUGUGCAUAAUUGGAAGCCGCAUUCUGGCCAAAAACAAAACAUUUCCUAUUAUAAACAGAAUUUUGGGAGCUUUUUGAAUCGGAGAGAGUGUCAUGAGUCCACAUCAGAGCCAGAAGACCAGUACAGUUACUUCUUGCUUCCCCAUGAAAGAGCCAGCCAGGAUGGGAAUAGCUUUUCACACAUUCUGAGUAUGAAAACAGAUUCUACCAGCACUCAAGAAAAGAGAAGGAACAGCCUCCUUGAUGAUGUUGAGGCUGAAGAGAAGUUUCUUUAUGGUGAUAAUGGGGAUGACUCAAUUUUUAUUCAAAGGAUAACAUUGAGUGGUGAUAAAGAACAUGGAAGGAAGAAAAUAAACUCUCCUCCUGCUAGUCUGUCUGUAAAAUCAGACACUUUAGAAGAAUCCAGACCAGAGCAUGAGAAAAUUUAUGACUUGCUCAAAACUAUUGGUCUUGACAUUGGGGUGGCUGAAAUUGGUAAGCUUGCUGCCCGCACUCAGGAACGCCUCCAUGGGAAGAAAGCAUCUCGUUCUCCUGAUCGUCGUUCAGUGGCUUCUCAUAAACCUAGGAAAGAAUCUAGGGAGUCUAAGGAAAGGCACUGCAGUAAAAGUGACACUCAUUCUUCAGAGUCAAGGUGGAACCACUCUCCCUCUCCUGAUUAUUUCCCACCAUCUAAAGAGAUGUCUCCUGAUUCACAUUCUAAGCACACUGAAAGCAAAAUUGUAAGGCAAGAUUAUCAUUUCCCACAAGAGCAAGCUGUUCCCAUGGCAUCUCCAAUUCCAUCUGCCCCACCUUGUCUUCCUCAUAUGUUUCCUGCUCCCAUAUAUCCCCAGUAUAGUGUUCCAUUCUAUUUACCAUUCGGUGCAACUCACCUGCCACAAAACUAUCCACCUCCCACAAUGCCCCCUCCUGGCUAUAAUCCAUAUGGACAGUAUUUCACUUAUGCAGCUUCUGGCUGGGCCACGUAUGCUCCUCCCCAGCAGGCUGGUCCUGAAUUUCCAAAUGCACCUGAGUAUGGUACCCCAACAGUGCCACCAAAUCAUUCAGUUUCCAACGUCAAAGUUAUUCAGACAAUUUCCACAACACGAAGGACUUGUGGUAUCCAAAGAAAGACAUCUAUGAUUGUUCAAACCCCUUUCUCUGCUCCUCAUUCCAAAUUGCUCCCUCAGCCUACCCACAAAGGCGCUAAGGAAAAAAUACCUGAUGAUAGAAAUCGAGCUGUUCAGAAACAAAAGGUGAGAAUGUUUAUCUUACAAGCAGGUGUAUCUUCCUCCUCCCCCCCCUUCUACCACAUUUCUUUUUCCACAUAGCAGCAAUGUAGUUGCUGCUAUUGAGAAGUGGAUAGUAUCCUUAUAGACUUACUUCUGAAUGCCUUAUACUGUAGUUUAAAAAUAUAUACAGUGGUACCUCGGGUUACAGACACUUCAGGUUACAGACUUCAGGUUACAGACUCCGCUAACCCAGAAAUAGUACCUCGGGUUAAGAACUUUGCUUCAGGAUGAGAACAGAAAUUGUGCAGCAGCGGGAGGCCCCAUUAGCUAAAGUGGUAUCUCAGGUUAAGAGCAGUUUCAGGUUAAGAACGGACCUCCAGAACGAAUUAAGUUCUUAACCCAAGGUACCACUGUAAUACUUUAUCUACUGCACAUAUUUUCCUAACACAUAAUGAAAUAUGAAACCAAGUGCAGAAUUGAUUCCUUAUUUAAGAUUACAUUCUUGGAUUUAAGGUCUGCCGUUUUACAGAAGUUCAAAGCACAUACAAUUUUAUUUUAACUUUUUUCUGCAGUUUUUAUUUGACAUUGGAUUACGUAUAGUUUUUUUGAACAGGAUGUGCCUCUAAUGUCUUGAGCUAUCUAAUGGCUGUUUUUAUGAUACUGUGGCAAGACACACCUUGUUAAUUGUUGUUGUUGUUUAUUACCUGCCCUUCACCCUAAGGUCUUAAACAGUCUCUCUUUAAGGAUACAAUCUACAUGCAGGUCCUGCUAUUGGAACACUUGGUAACUGAAAUCUCAGCCAAACACGAAGAAUUAUACCCAAACCUCACUACACAAGCAGCAAAUUCAGAUACCCAAACAGAUGGAGUUUGCCUACUUCAUGUUUUGCUGGUCAGCAGCAGCCCUUUUGGGCAGAAACCAGGGAGGGAGGGGGAGAGAUCAAACAAAUUACGAAAUAGAAGUGUUCCCAUAGGAAAUAAUGGAAAUCAUAAGCUCAUUAUGUGAACAUACGCCUAACAAAUUAUUUCCUGGGAACGCAUUUUGUUCAGAAAGCAGGACCUGCAUGCUUUUAAGCUUUAGUAAGUUUUAGUAUGUUUCAUGUUUAGUGGCAUUUAGUAUGUUAGGAGCUGGGUGCAAUGAAUCACAGGCUGAGUUAGCAAGCAUAAGAUGAAAAUAUUUACUUUCAAUGAUUGUUGUAGUUUUAGUUGGGUUGUAAUCCAUGAAAGGGGGAUUUUUAAUACCUUCCUUCCCUUCACAAACAUUUCUAGGUAUUGGAGGAAAGAGAGAAAUUGAAGGCUGAACAAGAAGCACGACAGAAGAAACUGCAUUAUCUGACAGUUGAGUUAAACAGACUUACAAAACAGGAAGGUACUGCACUCAUUUUAUUCUUCCUUUUCCCCUACUAUCCUCUAAAGUGGUGAUGCUGGACAUUGCAUAAUUUGUUUUUAUCUCAGGGUAUUAUCCUAAACAGGGAAUUAAUUAGGGUAAAACCCAAAUCAUUGCAAGUAACUGUCAGUUCUUCAUACAGUAAUGCAAACCCUGCUUCUGUCUUUUGGGUAUACCAAAAUGGUACCUUAUAAUUGAUUACCCAAAAUAAUUUUGCAUGUAUUAAUGCUUUUCUUAUGCUUUCCACUCUACCACUUUGACUGGCUUAGGGGAGAUGAUGCGCAAGAUGCGUAAGGCAAAAGAUCCCUUGCUGGUGGAAGUGAACCAACUACGAGAGAAGAUAGCAAAGGAAGUUGCUCAGCUGCAGAUGCAUUUUGAUGCGGCAGGGAAAAAGCAAUCUGAGCUUGAUAAGGUAGCUCUGAUCUUGGGGAUUAACAUUUUUAAGAAAGCCUGGAAGCGGUCUUCUGAAAAUAAAGACUCAUCAGAAAAAGACAAGUCAGAAAAUGGAAAAAAAUGAGGAGAUAACUUGCAACUCAAUCCAGGUAAAAUAACAGGUGCACUCACCAAGGGAGUUCAGAUAAUAAUUACUUAAUUAGUCUGGAUAUAAAUUAUCCUUUUGCCCAUGCAUGUAUCCCCUUCGCUUCUCCCUUUGUACAUGCCAAUAAACAAACCAGGAAGUCUUCAAUUAACUUCCUAUUUUAUGAGUCCUAUGUUGUGAAUUACUGUUUUAUGUCUAAAGGAAAGUAAAAUAGUUGUUAAGAAGUUUUGUCUCUUGGGUCUUUGGUUUAAAUUAAAUGCUGAUACAAUAUAACAACUCUACCAAAUUCACGGAAAUAGAAGGUAAGAUAUCUCUAAAUUUUCUAAGCCGCUCAAGGUUAAUCCUAAAUCAUUAUCUACAGUUCCCCCCCUCAUUCACAGCUGUUGUCAGACUGCAAUGAUGGGAGAAACUUUUUUCACUCCCAGCACUGGGCUGUCAAAACUCAGAAACCUUUCAGAGGUAGGAGACUUUCACAUGUAAAAGGUAGCAGCAAAGAGUUCUCUCCCCCACACCACCCCUUUUUAUAAAUAGCUUUUACUGUUGUAGCAAAUCAAUAGUGGCGUUUUGUUUUGUUCAUUAAAUUUGCAUAUUGCCCUAAAUCUGUAGAUCUCAGUGUUGUUCACAACAUAAAAAACUUGACUAGGGGAUAGGAGAGAAAUUUGAUCAGUUCUCAUUGAAUGCUGAAUCUAUCAAAUUCUCACUUUCCAAAACAAUAUGAAAACUGAAACACAGACAUCCUUUAAAUUUCACCCAUACCCAAAUUUUGCAAUGCAGUUCUCCAGCCAAACAACCAAAUGCAUAUAUUUAAAAAAUGCCUCUGUUGGGGGAAAGUGCAUAAAAAUUAAGAUAUUAGUAAAAAUAGCGUACACGUGAUAUUAGAGGAAAUUGCAAAAAUGUGUCCAUUAGUCAGAACUGCAUACAAAAAUCUCUUAAUUAGAAGAAAUGCACACUAAAGUGCUGAUUUUUUUUUAUUAUUAUUAUUAUUAUUAUUAUUAUUUUAAUAGCAAAUCUUUGUAGAAACUGCAUUUCAGAUUAGAAAAAUGGGAACAGAGAGAACCAAAAUUGAUAGAUCCUUCCAUCCCAACUCUUCUCUCUAGGGCUAUAUCACCUUAUAUGCAUCUCAGAAAGGAUGUUAUGUUAUGAUGUAGCAUCCUUCAGUAAACAUUGUGAGGAGAAAACAUGGCUCCGUACUUCACCCUUCCCUCCAGUGCACUUAGAAGGAUUAUAAGUUGUAACUUAAACGUAGGGUGGUAUAGCCCCAUAGAGGAUUCAGAGUACCAGCACUGCUUUGCUUUGCUCUGGCUUUGUUAUAGCAGCAAAUACUUUAAAUAGAAAAAGCCCUCUGCUGUAAACCUUUAUCCAAUUAUGUCCCCACCACUGAAAGAUCUCAGAAAGACUUGUCAACCCAGAUGCAAUUCUGUCACCUUCUUUCCCAUUUCCUCUUUGACUUCUUCAGUGCUUAAGGCUCAUAUUAAUUCUACUAAAUUGGACUUUUACUCAAAUUAGCAAUGUAUAUGUGUGCACACAUUUUCUCUCUGUUUCUGUGUGCAUGGGGGGGGGGGGCUGAUCCAGGGGACGAGGAGAGAAGUGACCAGCAGGAUUAUGGGUAGGAUGGAAACUAUCAUAACAGUUUCAAGUACAAUAGUUACUAUAAUAUAAAUGGUAAUGAUAUAAAAUUGUACAUAGCAGUACUAGAACAUUUAGACCAUUCUCAUAUAUCAAUAAAGAAGUUGGGAGGGGGAUUCUUUAAAAGAAAAACAUUGAAACUCCAUUGGUUUGUGUUUCAGUUGCCCUUUGGAUAUUCAAGAACUGACUAAUAACAAACUGAUCAUUUAACAUUAACAGAAUGCAAAAGACAGAUUAAGAGAAGUCUUAUUGCAAAGCCCAGUUUUACAAGUGUUAUGAGAACCAAGUGACAGUGAGACAUCAUUCACAUUGUUACGAGGAAUUUGCAUCAUAGGAGACAAAAGCAAUAAAAUGUGACUGUUGCAGCCAUUCCAAGUAUUCAGACAAUUGUUAAUUAUGAGUGGCGCUGUGGUCUAAACCACUGAUCCUUUUGGGCUUGCUGAUCAGAAGGUCAGCGGUUUGAAUCCGCCUGACAGGAUGAGCUCCCAUUGCUCUGUCCCAGCUUCUGCCAACAUAGCAGUUUGAAAGCACACCAGUACUAGUAGAUAAAUAGGUACUGCUGCGACGGGAAGGUAAAUAGUGGUUCCAUGCGCUCUGGCUUCCAUCAUGGUGUUCUGUUGCGCCAGAAGUAGUUUAAUCAUGCUGGCCACAUGACCUGGAAAGCUGUCUGUGAACAAAUGCCGACUCCCUCGGCUUGAAGUGAGAUGAGCGCUGCAACCCCAUAGUCACCUUUGACUGGACUUAACUAUCCAGGGGUCCUUUACCUUACCAUUCUCAUUAAGGUGUUUGGGGUUGCAGUCCUAUUGUGCUGUUAGUAAAAAUAAACAUUCUAGAAGCUUUUUAUGGCUGAAUAUUGGGGUAAAAAUGCUUAAAAUAUAAACAAGCUUCAUAAAUAUACCAACAAAAAGGAUUGGAUUUUGCAAUCAGCAAAUCUGUAUUAUAUCAACAUGUUUGGUACAGAAAGCCUUUUAUAAUCAUUUCAGCUAUUAAUGAUUCUGCCAUUGUGCAUUCUAGGACUCUAAAUGUAUAAUUAGAAGUACACGUAUAGAUUACUCAGAUUGCUACAUUAUAUAAUCAGAAAGAUACAAUUGUAAAAUGAUCUAUUUUAACACUUGCUUAGCCAACAACUGAAAUUUUCUAAAACAAAUUAUUGUGCAUAGUGAUUUUUGCAAUCCUAAAAAUUAUGUAUAGAUUUGUGUUUUUUAAAAUAUUCAUUUUAUAGAGGAUUUUGUGUACAAUCUGGUUUUUCUGCUGAUCUGUAACAACCUGGCCACAGAAAAAUCCAUAUCUUGACAGUGAGUUACUCUUAUAGGCAUCUGUUUCCCACUUUAUCUAGCAUAAUUAGACUUUAACUUUAACACAUGGUUUCUUUAACACAUGGUUUCCUAUGCAUACAAUGUGUAACUAUUUGAAACGUGCCAAUUGGAUACUGUCAGUGUCCACCAAGGAAACUGGCUUCUUCUGGCAACAGGUGUACUGCUGCCAGGCUCAGCAUGCCUAGAGGAGCAGCUCAGAAGACAAGAGAGCAGGCAACUGGAACAGCUGAGGAACAAGCUUUUAAAAAUCCAUUUAGCUUCUGCUUCUUCUUACCUGCCAGGCCAAUGGAAGCAGUGGAGAGUAGACCUAUAGUAAAAAAAUGUUUGGAGAUUAGCUAUAGCUGAGAAAAUAACCUAUACUGAAAGGAAAGUAAAAAACAGAUGCCUUUUAUGCCAUCUGAUGGCCAUGCAUUUCAUAUACAUGCAGGUCCUGCUUUCCCAGUGCAAUGCCUUCCUCUGAACAAGAAAAUAAUUUGUUAGGUCAGCAUUCACAUGACAAAGCUGGUGAUUUCCAUUACUUCCUAUGGGAACAUUUUUAAUUUGUGAUUUGUCCAAUCUCAAUCCCUCCCUGGUUUAUGCCUGAAACUGCCACAGCCAAUCAGCAAAACCAAACAAAAGAAAAGCUGAUUUGUUCAAUCUCUCUUGCUCCCUGAUUUGUCUGAUCUCUCUCCGUCCCUCCAUGGUUUCUGCUCAAAAUGGCUGCUGGCAACAAGCAGAGCAUGAACAAGUAAGGAAGUGGGCAAGCUCCAGCUGUUCAGAUAUCUUAAUCAGCAGUUUGGGUAUAACUGAAAUUUUUGAUAACAAGUGUUUCAAUAGUGGGACCUGUGUGUACUAGUGAAAGGGGUCUACAAAAUAUGUUAUCUGCUUCAUCAUUACAAAUCUAGAUGUUGUGACCAUGUAUACUUCUUGAUAGUUGGAUACUUCAGUUGGAGAAGAUGACCUCAUUGCGGACAGAUGCUGCCCUGCAACCCUGGAAGAAUAACAUCAGAGAAUCCUGCAGAAAAAUGAAAAGAGGGACAAUUAGUAUAGGGACAUGAAUACUUACCAGAUAUCUGGAGAGACUUCGGGGAGGGGUGUUAUGAUUAUGUUUAUUUGUCUAGUUAUAUUUUGUUAUAUGUAUAUGAAAACCAAUAAAAAGUACUUAUAGAAAAAGCAGUGGAGAAAGAGGCAUUUGAUACAGUAGAAUGGAGAUUUUUCUUUUAUGAACUGAAAGUAUUUGGUUUUAUACUCCAGUUCUUAACUUGGAUUUGCUGAAAGAUGAGGAAGUGUGACCCUGUUGAUUAUAUUGAUGUGCUUCCAGAGGCAAGGCUUUUUGUGAACAAGGACAUUGUUUUUCCUUUUGAGACUAUGGAACUAAAAGUUACCAUCCAUACCAUGUCAAACUUUUGUGUUCAUUUUAUUUGAUCACUCUAUUUCCAGUCUAUACCAGUGAGUGGAUCAUGCCAAGAUGUGUUUGGAACAAAACAAUUCAAACUUUGCACCACAUCCAUCAUAUCUAUCACUUCCCUUUUCCACUCAUGUGUUUCCUGACCACGAAUGCAUGUAUUUCAUAGACCUGCAUGUGCUUUAAAAAAAAAUUAAAAAUUGGAAUGCUGGUAUUUCAGAACUUUGACAUUCUGAUUGGCCACAGUCAGUUCUCCUUUUCCGACUGUACUUCAUUUCUAAUCACAAUAAUUUGUAUUGUGUGAUUGAAAAACAGCCUAUGUCUUCUGUACAAUGACACAUGCACACAAUGUAACUGGCAAAUACCUCCUUUUACUAAAAGUUGGAACAUUUAUUAUGGUCAUUCAUUAUAAAGUGCUAACAGAAUUGCUGGAAACCUUAAAUUGCAAUUUUUCAAAAAAUAAAUAAUAGAGCUGCAGAAAUUUGUCCAUAUAUACUGUGCAAAGGUCUUUAGUAAAGAGAUCUCUGCAACAUUAUAAAAGUAGUAACAUGCCUGGCAGUAAUGGAAAGAAACAAAAUUGCAUGGAUAGUGUGAUCAGGUGAGAGCAGAAGAGAAGAGCUGUGAUUAAAGGAUAGCUUUCUGGAAUUGUCAUUUACCCAAAUCAAAACCAUAGCCAAAUAAUCGUAAAGGGUAAAAGAGCAAAGAGGCAUCCAUAAAGUUAUGGAUGAAAGGAAGAAACAUCGUGGGAUGUUUGCAAAAGGAUGACAAGAUGGUGUGGAUGCCAUGAAAAAACCACAGGAAACAGAGGAAAACAUUGCACAAUGUCUUGUCUCAAAACACCAUUGAUGUUUCAGGGGCUUUCAACCAUGGCAGCCUUCUGGUUAGGCCCUCUUGAGUUGGAACUGACUCCAGAUGGUGGUGUUAGGCAAUGAUUGCUUGACCCCUUGCCAAAUGUGCUUUGGGCUCCUGCAGCCUUCUCUCAUUUCUCCCAUGCCAUUAUACGUUUAGAUAAAAGUACUGGGAAAGGGUUUUGUAAUUACAGAGUGAAACAGUUUAAUAAUUAGAGUGUGUAAAUGGAAACUGCAGAGUUUAAAGUACCAUAGUCAUAAAUGAUUCUAGCAAGUAUAUGUAGAACAGAUAGAAGACCGAAACAUAUGGUGUGCCUGGUAAUUGAGAUGUAACCCAUGGAUGUGAAACUUGUAGCCUUCCAGAUGACGUUAGCCUUGCCAUCAGCCCCAGCCAGCAUGGGCAAUGAUCAGAGAUUGUGAAAGUUGUAGUUCAACAUCAUCUGGAGGGCUAAAUGUUCAGUUUGGGGGGUAGCAGUUGUGCAUGGGUUCCUAGGUGUUUGAAGGUAUAGGAGACAGAAUGGAUUGGAGAAAUGUGAUUGAGAGAAGAGAGCUACUAGCAAUUCAAAGAAGGAGUUCAGGUUCUAAUUUUUUUUGAGAGUCCAUACUCAAAUAAGUAAGAGAGGUCAGUGCCCAUAUUCUCAAACAACCAAAAGAAGGGCUUCUAUUUUCUGGCGAUCUAGGAUGAAGGCACUUCUAAAGGUGAUUAUUUUGAACCCCAAGAUUGCUCUUCUCUCCAUUUUUGCUGCGGAUGCCCAGGACCUUACUCAAAUGGAUCUUCUUAUCUGCCUUAUCGUGGCAGCACAGCUUACCAUUACUAGACACUGGAGAACUUCAAAUGCUGACCUGUUUGAAGUGUGGUUUAUGCAAGCUUGGGACUUAAUUUUAAUAGAAAAGGCAACAACAACUUCAAGACCUGAGGAACAAUGCUAAAUCAAAUAUACAACAUGGUUUUGGUUUUUUUGUAUGCUUUGACAACAGAACAUGACUACAGACCACCUACAGCUCAUGAAGAUUUAUGGAAGGACACUUUUAUUUGACGGGAAGUAUUUACAUGAUACUGAAUUACUUUGAAAUGAGACUGUGCUCUGGUGAGGGUGUGGGUCUUUAUAUCUUUUCUUACGUUGCUCAAACGGAAAAGAAACAAGUCAUUUAAAUAAACCCAGAACUUCCUACGUCUUUACCCUGCCCCCAGCAUCGACCAUGAUGAUCAGUCUCACUGGAGUCGAUUUUCAGUCUCUAGCUCUACUGGCCAGUCAGCUGCAAGGUGUAUAUGCAUGCAUCCAGUCAGCAAUCACUGUGCUGCUAGGUCCCACCUUGAUCUGCAGCUCACAGUUUUUUCAAGCAAUUCCUUCUCUUGGAGAAUGAGCUUUUAGCAAUUUCCAUUGAAAAUAGCCUGAGAGGACAUUCAUCCCUCACCCAGAGUUUCCUUGUGAUUGGCAACAUUAGCCAAUCAGAAGUCAUCAGGACACAGCCAUUUGCAUGGCAGAGAGGUGCUUCUAACUGAUGCCCCCCAACCAACCCUGUACUUGCUGUGAAACCUCAGCUUUCUCCAGUUCUUGUGUGCUGCCCCCUAAUUGGGUCCUGACUCAGUCACACCUCCUUGGGCUGUGGUGGAGCAAGAGCAAAGCUGGAUUGCUCAGCUACCUCCAGAGAAGCAGGCAGCCAGAGGUAUCGCAGCAAGGGGGAAAUCCCUCUUGCUUUUACAAUCCUCUUUGUAGCAAACCUUUUGAGUUCUCAAUCAGGCUGGAUGUUACACAAAAAGCGAGGGGACGCCGAUGAAAAAACAACAAUAGCAUGUUGCCACUUUCUGAUGUGUCAUUGGAUAUUUAGUUAAAGUGUUACAUGCGUUUAAGAGGUCUCAAAGGAGGGGACAUUGGUUUCUUGAUCCUCUCCUUGAUAAUGAAUAUGUUGGCAGGCACAUAAUUUGCUGAGCUAUUCCUCAUUUCUGUAAUGGAUGUAUAUAUUUUGUUUUGGUGUGCUCAAUAAACAUCAUUUCUGUCUUGGAAAAGACCUGUGUGAGUCAUUGAGUAAAUCUGCCAACAUGCAUUGAUAACAUAAUUUAAUCCUAAUACAUGAGACUCUUGGAAUAUGUGUUUAGUAAAAGCAUGGUUUUACUCAGGAGGUGCAUCAAAUAUGGUAGGAGAUUUCACAUUAACAUGCUGCUGAAUCCAAUUCUUGCUAGAUGAGUGCGCUUUGGAAGGAGAUAUGUGUUUGACUUUUAGUUAAUCAAUAGAGGCAGAGGCAAGAUGCAAAAGAUAAUGGAAGGAUGUUGCAAAAUUAUUGUAGACUUUGAGUCUGAUACACACUUUCUGAAUCUUUAUGAGGCUGGAAUGGAGUACCAAUCUAGUAGCAAUUCAGCUCCAAAAUCUUGGGUAGGUUUCUGCACUUGGCCAAUGGUUGUUUGUCCACCCAUGGUGUUAACUUGUUUUGGAAGGUGCUGAGUUGUUCAGUUCACAUUUGGGGGGAAUAAUUUUUGCUGUGAACAUAGGGUCUACAGGAGAGCCAUGGAACAGAAUGGAAGCAAACUGGUCAAGCCAAGUCUGGCUCAGUUCUGAAGCAGGCUGAACUGUCUUUCUGGAGGGCAGCGAUCCGUGCAAGAACUGUGAGAUCCAGGAAGACUGACAAAGCUAUAGUCCUACGGCAGAAGAAUGGACCCCUUUGAGGAGGACAUUCAACCAUGUAGUUCUAAUUCAACUAUGUAGCUAGCAGGAGACAGUGCAAGGUUCCUGCUGGUGCAAUAAGUUCCCCUGCCUUCCCUUUGCCCCCGCCCCCAAUUGACUUGGAGGUGGGGAGAGUUAGGGAAACUCCCAGAACAGCACACAGGAAGGGAGGGGCAGCUCUUUCUGUCAGGCAAACAGAAAUGCUUGUGCUGUGUUCUGCCAAAGAUGGACAAUGAUGACCACUAAAGUCGCUCUUUAACAGGCUUUAUUUACAGGCUGAGUUAAAUAAGGAACAAAGCAAGAGGAAACGGACAUCUUACAGCUCCAUCUAUGGUUGGAGAAUCACUUUCCCUUUUGGGGCAAACAAUGGGUUGAAUCCUUAUAGGUCUGCACUGAGAUUCCUACUGCCCAUAACUGGGCUUGCACGUUGGAAAAUAUCUGGGAAUGCCAGUGACGCUUGGUCACCUGUGCUUGAUGUCAUCUUCCCAUGACCUUGUCUGCAAGGUCAGAACAAAUGGUGGACUAUAAAGGGAUGUGAUGGUGAAGAUCUUCACCUGCUACUCUAUUCAGCACUGAGUUAAUGUGUGGGGAUCCAGCUUGCCAGGCCUCCAAAGACACAUGGUCCCAUAUCUCCCACGCUGUUGGUCAGAUAGGCUUUCUAGAAUAAGUGCUAAUUCUAGCAAGCAGUGAUUAACUCAUGGAUCUCUACAAAGCUGUGCUAGUGUAACUUCUUGCAAGUGCUAGGUCCAGGCCUGUGCACCUCUGAGGACAUUCAAAGGGAAAAUUUGCAGAGCAUCACAUGUAACUCUUUGUAAUACAAUGGUCUUCGGCAUAUGUCCAAAUACAAGCUGAUGGAAUGUUUGUGGGGUUGGCAACCUAAGGCCCAUGGGCCACAAGUGGCCCACAGGGGUUGUUUAACUGGCCCAUGAGCUGCCCCUGAACUGAGCCGCCCACUUGGCGAGUCCCUGCGUGCUGCACUAAAGCAGCGUGGCGCGGGGACACGCUUCCAUGGCGCCGGAAAUCGUGUCUACGCAGACGCCAAAAAUUGCGUCUGCACCGAUGCUGGAAAUUGCACCUGUGCAGACACUGGAAAUCGUGGGCGCGGAGGGAUCUCCGCUGGAGUGAACCGGCCCAGGCGAGGUAAACCUUGCCAACCCCUGCCCUAAAGCAGUGGAAAGCUUUCUGCAGGUUUCUACCCCCAAUCUGUCAUUCAUCAAUACAAAACUGUAUUUUAUUUUGACAAUUUAUAUACCACUUAAUCUGCCGUCACCUCUAAGUGGUGUACAGAAGACGUAGUACAAAGGGUUGGACCCCAGCCACAUGCAGCACAAUUUUAGUUGGGAAAUAGGAUGGAAAGAAGUGAAGAGAGAGAGAGAAAUAGGCAGUCAUAAAGCAAAGGGUAUCAUGGAGUGAAGGAAUCAGAGAGAGACCACACCUCUGUGCUAAAGCUCAUUUCCCAUUUUUGCUUCUUGUGCUUGGCUCUUAAACUUCGUAGCAGCGUUUCUGCUUGGUCUGGGGGCCUUUUGGAUCUCAGCUUCCUGCCCUUUUAUUUGUAGUCGUAUAAAUAUUAUAUUUUUAAGGGAAAUGGGGAAUGCAAUCAGACAAGAUGUAAUAAACCAUAAUAAAACAAAACCCUACUUUGUGUGUGUAGUUUUUUGAUGGAGGGUGGCACACCUGGUCAUCCAGAUCAAUCCCAGGUUCAUUCAUUCAAGCAAAUAGAUCCUCAUAUGGAGUCCGUAUAUCUGAAAACUUUGCAUAUUUAUUGCGCUUACAGAAGGUCACCACCUCAAGUUGCUAGCCAAGUCAUGUAUUUUGUCCUUUGUAUGAUGGUGGGUCAGGUGGACCUUUUUAAGUCAUGAGUUAAUUCUCCAUGAGUUGGUAGAAAAGGAUCCCCUGCCCCCCAGAUUACUCGUAAUUGUCUGAUCUCUGUCGCUGUGCAUACUGGCAUGCAGUUCUGGUCUAUAUCAGAAGUUGUCAUUACAGAAUUUCGUGGUGGUGGCGGAGAAUGGUGAAGGAUUGUUGGGGAGAGUUGUAAAGACUUGCAAAGAAGAAACAGAAGACUGAAGUUGCAGGAUUUGGGCAACUUAGGACUUUCGACCUGCUGAGAACUUGAAGCAAAGACUGAAAACCCUCUCAAGGCUCAGAGAGAGAACCCUUCUUGAAGCAACUGUAUCGAGUGUGUGCAUUUGUGCUUACUAAUUAAAACAACCUCCGAUAGAGUUUGUCUGCUGCAGGAAUUUUAAUCGUUUUGCUGAACUUCUGACUGGGCAGUAAGCCAACUGAUUAUUGGGCACAAACUUCCAAAAGCCCUUUCCUUCCAUUAUUGUGUUAGAUAGUGCCCUUAGCCAGUUAUACUAUCCCUCUGACAAGUUCCAAAGGACAGGGAUACAGUUUGAUAAGACACUGACAUAUUUCGAUUUCAAAUGAGUUACCAAGAUCAUGUUUGCGUGGCUGAUUACGUGUCAAAAAUCAGCCAAAUAAUAUUGCGUGUACAGCAUUCCAACACCACCACAUGCCAGUGCUGGUUGCUGUGUUUGGGGUUUGACAUAUGCCUACUGUUGCCUUAGGAUAUUGUUCAGAACCCAUCAGUUUACUCAAAGGGCAGGGGUUUCUGAGGUGUGUGUCAGGGUCAAACAAAGCAGUUGGCAGGUGUUUUAGUGGUAUAUACAGCCAUUCUGCAGCUGGUGGAAGAGAGCAUGCCUCUUUUCAUCUGGGAAAGUGGAGAAAGACAUCAUUUGCAUCAAUCACAGUUUAAUUUCAAUUGUUAAUGGGAAAUAGGAACCCCAUAAAAAGGAGGGGAGAGAGUACCCAGCCUCUUUUGAUUGUUUUCCUCUUUGUGGCUUCUAUGCUGAUCUAACUUUUUUUAUAUAACCCCCCCCCCCCCCCAGAAAACCUUGUUAUCACGUCAUUCACUUGUUGGAACAAGGAGUUUCUGUCAAAUGACAUCAUUGCUUCCAUACUGAAAAAAGUACCAGAGCUCUGAAAUGCUUAUGUACCAAGUUUAGGCUGGCUAAGAAUAAAACACAAGAAGACACCUUCCUAGGGAAAUGGUCUCCCUUUGUUUCAUACAUGAACACUAACAGAGAUUGCAGAUUUGGAGGAUAAGGGCUGUUUUUUCCUUCUCUUUAGAGAUUUCCACACCUGAUGACAACAGGAACAGACUGCAGUAGAAUUUGGUAUGGUUGACUUUAUGUACUGCUGCAUGAAGGAGAGACGUGGAAAUUGUAACCCAAGUUUUGAAUAUUGUUUAUUGAGUUUGUACUUCCUUUGAAGAGGUUCAUUCAAAAUUAUUAUUUUUAUUUAAAAACAACAGGGCUGUGCUUCCCUGUACCCCCCCAAACCCUGCUGUGCUUCUAUCCACAGAUCUAUUCAAUGGAGAUGCCUUUCUCACUGUCCCCAGGCAAGAAUUAGACAGGCAUUCCUGGUUGAUUGAUGCGCAAAAGCCCCACCCCAAAUUCUGCCUCUUCCCCACAGCUCCCUUUUGCCCCAUGCUUGGCUCCACCCACUUAAACGCUUCUCACCUGCCUGCUGUUGCUUUCUGCAAGAACUCUAGCAUUCUUAUGAGAGGCGCUCGUCUACAUUAUGCAAGAGAAACUCCCUUCGCUCCCAGCAUCGUCAAGAAUUGAGACUGUGACUGUUAGUGCAAAGCUAAUGCCCUAUGGCACUGCCCACCCCUUUUCCUAUUUUUGCUACUUGUGAUAUUGUUGUUUUCUUCUUCUGACCCUCCUGUAUUCUUUUUGUAGGUAUGACACAGGCUGGGAAUAGGAAUACUGCAAACAAUGUGUGAGGAUGCCAGACUGUAGCCAUGGGACUUGCUGCUAACCCUGGCAAUUCAGUUGCCGAAGUGGCUGGCCAAGCAGGUUCUAUGACCAAGGUAGGCCACGCCACUUGGGACAGGGUGGGGACAUCUUGAAUAAAGUCAGGACAGGGAAAGGACACAGUGUUAAAUGCUCAGCUGCCUUAUACUGCCCACAUGGCCUUGUAGCAAGCUCUCCAGCAUUCACACAGGGUUCUUCCUUGAUGCCGAUAUGUGUCAGAGCGAUCCAACUGCAGCCCUUGGCAGUCCUGGACAGAGAAUGUUCUGUCACCUGUUCUCAAUUCGUAAGCUGGACUCUCAGCCGUGUGUGGAGUGCAUCUUUCGUUAAGCUACAGAUAUCAGGAAAGGGUCCCACAUUGCAGAGGGGAACAUUCCCAGUCGUGAGGUACCAAUUGUCCAGUGUUUGUGUCUCUGCAGGGAGGUCACUGCUGCCCACUGUGCAGAAGAUGCUGAAACAAGGAGUCUGGCUUCUGGCUGAGAACAGCAGGGGAAUCAAGCUCUGCCACCUUCCCAGCAUGCAUCACCAGCACUCGAUCUGAGUCCAGGAUAGUGUUCAACCUGAAAUAAACACAGCAGCAGGGUAAGCUCUUAUUUUGGAAAGAGCAGAGAACUGAAAAGUGCUGCCCUCUCUUUUAUCACAGUACCUCAAAGUGGGUAAAAGAGUACUCCCUUUCAGCUAUUGCUGUAAAUCUAUAGGCACCUAACAGCUGUUAGGUGGCCAUCCAGCCUCUUCCUAUGAGGGAUGCUGUAGAAGUGAUAUUCUCUGCUUUGACUUUCUGACUGUUGAGGUCCCUUGCAACUGUGUGGCUCUGUGCAUCUCUCAGGUGUCAACGAGUUUAUUUUUUUAUUUUUUGGAUGCAGAAGCCUUCAAGCAUGUGAAUAACAAAGCAAUUUUGAAACAGCUUUGCUAGCUUGUUUGUUGUGUGUAAGAACUAGACCUAAGCCUCACGUUUCUUAUUUGUUACUCACUGAUAAUAUAAUUGAAGGCCUGCAAGAUAUAGCCUGCAACCCUGUGCAGCCUCUUACUAAGAUGAAAAGCAGAGCUGCUCUUCUGGGUAUUUUGCAACAUUCGUACAGAAGAGGUCAGGUUGUAUACACACCACCAUUUGCUGUCUUACAAGUGAUUGCUGUAAGUCACUCUGGGAGCCCUGUCAGCUAAAUAACAGGAAAACGCUUCAGGUAAAUAAUACAUCGAUAGCCAUGUUAAGUGAUAAUUAUCUUUGACUACUAUGAAGUCAGUUGCUGCAUGAAAUGGGAUUCAAGCUACCUAACAGUGGGACAUACCGUAUUUUUCGCUCUAUAAGACGCACUUUUCCCCCUCCAAAAAUUAAGGGGAAAUGUGUGUGCAUCUUAUGGAGCAAAUGCAGGCUCCAUGGCUUCAGCAAUGCAAAGCCUGGAGAGCGAGAGGGGUCAGUGCGCACUGAUCCCUCUUGCUCUCCUGGCUUCGCUUCGCUGGAGAGGUGCUGCGCAGCUUUCCCUCUCUGUGCAGCGCCCCUUCAGCAAAGCGGGAGAAGAAAUGGAAGGGGCUCCGCUUCUCCUGCCGCUUCGCUGAAGGGGGCGCUGCGCAGAGAGGGAGAGAAUGCUUUUUUCUUGUUCUCCCCCUCUAAAACUAGGUGCGUCUUAUGGUCGGGUGCAUCCUAUAGAGCGAAAAAUACUGUAAUUUGACUAAAAUUAAGGAAAGCUAGGAGCAAGACUUGUGGAUUUCAUUAAAGCUCUCUUUCCUCCCAUAAUCCAAGCACUGAUACUAAUUAAUACUUCCUGAAGCACUUCAGAUUUGUAAAUCAAAAGGCAUGUGGUUGUGACAUCCCUGCAUCUGCCACCCACUGUGGAUAGUUAUCAUCUGUUCAGAGAGCUGGGUGUGCAAGCAAAACUGCAUUAGGUAAAUAAAGUUGAGGCAAGGUGAUUCUGUGAUCCCUGAGCGUUGCUGCUUGAAAGCUGGAGAACAGGCUAAAUGAGAAACAAAAAGGCACCUGUGAGCUAUAGUCAGUACAGUUUUGUCUGUGAAUCGCUGGCGGAUGGUCUGUUGGAGUAAUCUGUCUGUCUUCUGAUCCACACUUGCUGUGGCUUCAUCAAUGCACAGAACCUGUCAAUGAGACAAAAUGAAAACACUUAGAAGAGUGUCGCUGAUGAACACAACUCUUGGUCCUGCUUAUUAAUACAACACAUUUAAUUUAAUCAGGCACUGUGGAAUCUAACCGUUGUAAGAACUCGAGAGCCAUGCUGGGAAGCCCACAAACAGGGCAUGAAAGCAAGAGGCCUUUCCAGUGUUUCUUGGCCCCCAGCAACUGGUAUUCAGUGUUAUACUGAAAAAGGACAUUGUCCACAGUUGCCCCUAGACUCUGUAAUGCUGUAUCUUUUUGCACAAGAUUUUCCUGACCCAUAAGGCUGAAUGCUAUACCAUUGGUAUGUUUGUAUAGCAUUUUUAGCUCUGCGUCAUUAUAUUGCUCUGGUUUUGUACCUUUGUACUCCUAGAAGUAUGACAGUGCUUCUUUAGUUUCUAAAAAUAUUAAGCAAUUUAGAAAUGCUUUUAAUUAAAGAAAUAAAACACUGCCUCUGAACCAGGAGGUGCGAUUUAGUUAAUAAAUUGUUAGCCACUAACUGUCCUGUCCUACAUUGAUUUGUCUAAACUGAAUAAAAUUGCUUUUUUCAGCGCAGUGUGAGCACCCUCUCACUGCUUCAAUAAACAUUUGGGGAAUGAGUUUUGUAGCCAGCUAUCCUGGGGGCCACCACCACAUACUGUGGUAGCAAAUUCCAUAAACUAAUUCUGUACAGUGUGGAGAAAUAUGGUCUUUUGUCUGUCUAUCUCAAUAGGUGACUCUGAGUUCUAGAGUUUUAAGAAAAAGCCUAACCUUUCUCUCUAUCCACUUCCCCAAACCAUACAGUGGUACCUUGGUUCUCGAACUUAAUACUUUCCGGGAGUCUGUUCGACUCCCGAAACAGAUCGAAAAGCAAGGCGUGGCUUCUGAUUGGCUGCAGGAGCUUCCUGCACUUAAGUGGAAGCUGCGUCGGAAAACGUUUGCAAACCUGAACACUUACUUCCAGGUUUGUGGCGUUUGGGAGCCGAUUUGUUUGACAACUAAGCCGUUUGGGAACCAAGGUACCACUGUACAUACUUUUAUGGUCCUCCAUAGUGUUCCCCCUUAGUCACUUUUUUUCUCAGUUCAGAAGACCCGAACAUUGUCACCUUUCCUCACAGGGAGAAUGCUCCAUUUUUUUAUCCAGCUUUCCCUCUUUUUGUUAUUGAGCUAAUACAUCCUCCUCACACCUUCCAAGUCUUGCAGUAUGAUCCUUCCCCACAGUUGUCCCAAACAAACAAAAAAUAUCAGGCAUCUUUGUGGAACCCACUUUGAGAAGACAUCACUCACCUUGGCCUGGGUCAAGAGAGCCCUUGCUAAACAAACCAGCUGCCUCUGUCCUACGGAGAGACUCUUUCCUCUCUCCCCCAGCUCACAAUCCAACCCACCUGCAUGGAGCAAGAGAGUAGAGGAGUUAAUGUAAGUUUCAAAACUUUGCCUCUACUUAACACUAGUUCAGAUGAAUGAGAAAGGCCUGAAUGUAGGCAAGAAGGGCUGAGAUUGGAACAAGAAACAAAGAUCACAAACCCUCUGUGCCAGCCUUUCUCAACCUGUGGGUCCCCAGAUGUUGUUGAACUACAACUCCCAUCACCCCUCGCUAGCAAGGCCAGAGCUCAGGGAUGAUGGGAGUUGUAGUCCAACAACACCUGGGGACCGGCUUAGUUGCCUUAUAACCCCUUUCGCCCCUGGCCAUUGGCCGUGCUGGCUCAAAUGAUGGGAGUUGUAGUCUAACGACAUCUGGUGACCCAAAGAUGAGGGAAACUGCUUUUAAGGGUUUUAUUGAGGCCAUUUUUAUUUAUUUUUUAAAAAAUCACAACAGCUUCCGCUGGUUUCCAGCAACCUCCACCCCAUAGUUGUUUAGUGAAUUUUCCUUCAGCUUACUACUCUGACCAGUAUUGAAGACCAAUAGGUUUUGGCAGAUUCUUUUCUAGGUUCUUAAUAUUUCCCCCAUCGUUCUACCCGGACCCUGAGGUCCAGCGCCGAGGGCCUUCUGGCGGUUCCCUCACUGCGAGAAGCCAAGUUACAGGGAACCAGGCAGAGAGCCUUCUCGGUAGUGGCACCGGCCCUGUGGAACACCCUCCUACCAGAUGUCAAAGAGAACAACAACUACCAGACUUUUAGAAUACAUCUGAAGGCAGCCCUGUUUAGGGAAGCUUUUAAUGUUUUAUGCAUUACUGUAUUUUAAUAUUUUGUUGGAAGCUGCCCAGAGUGGCUGGGGAAGCCCAGCCAGAUGGGCAGGGUAUAAAUAAUAAAUUAUAAUAAUUAUAAUUAUAAUUAUUAUUAUUAUUAUUAUUAUUAUUAUUAUUAUUAUCUCCCUCCCAACAAACAUAACAAGCAGUUCAUUUCUGUUCUCCAAACAAUGUACUCACCCAUCUCUGUAAUCACUGCCUGCAGAUGGCAUUGCUCUAGGACUUGCAGCAAGUCGGCAUCUGUGUGUUGCCCCCGAGGGUCCAAGUUCUCACGGAUUGUCCCACUGAACAAAAAGGGAUCCUGGGGGAUUAUGGCCAACUUAGACCUAAGAGGAAGGACAGAGGAAGGCUCACUGGACUGCACAGCUUAGAGGCGAACAGGGCCAAUGGGAACCUGACAUUCUGAGACAGCCCCUCCGCAUCGCAUUAAAUUGACUUUUCAAGCUGCUGCAACAGCGACACUGCUGCCAUUGUGGCUUACUCCUUGACCUACCUCAGUGCUUUCAAGCCUACAGAAUGGCUGUCAAUGUUGUCCAGGAGGAUCCGGCCAGCUUUCAGCUCCACCAUACGGAAAAGGGCCAGAAAGAGGGUGGACUUGCCAGAUCCAGUCCGCCCAACUAUCCCCACUUUCUCCCCAGAGUAGAUUGUGAAAGUCACCCCAUCCAAGGCAUUGGGUAGGUCAGGCCGAUAGGCCAGCACUACUUGCUGGAACUCUAUGUGACCCUGACUUGGCCAAUCAGGUGAAACCUUGAAAAAAGAGAAAAAGGUGCAAGCAAUAAUGCAGCAGCAAUACUUCCUUAUCCUAAGUCCUUUUUGAUUUGCCAUCACCAUGAUCAGCAGUGGGAGCAGAGAAGAUCCAAGGGCCCCAAUGUGACAAUGCUUACUGUUGUCUCAGUUGCAAAGGUGACAGUGGCUGUCAUUUUGAAUCUAUUGGGGUCCAGGUCUAGAAGUGAGAUGAAAGAUGACUGAGCUUCCCUGUACCCUUGUCUGAUGAGCUUUUGUGCUUGCUGUUGACUUCAGUGAUGGUGGAAGAGGCUUCAUUCCAUGAAUAGGACUCUACUGUGCAUACCAUUGGCCACAGAGAAACUAGGGGAGGUUUACCAAUCCAAAUCAAUAAAACAAGCUGCCAUUGCAUCAGAUUAGCUGAAGGUCUGUCUCCUUCUGGUCUUUUUUUGCUGGGCUUUUAAAAAUAUCUCCUCCUACUCUACCUUAAUCCCUGCUGACAAGCUGAAUGAGGAGCGAAGAGGGAAAUUCCUUGAAGGCCAGAUAGCUCCCAAAACCCUUGCUGUUCUGGUGAAGCAGGAUAAAUAUGGGAGGGGAACUCUCUCACCAAAAGGGGCAGGAAGUUUGUUGACAGUAGUUACCCGCUCCAGGAUGCCUACCUCCUCCUCUGAAGAAUGCUCAACAGAUGGAGAACUAAUGCAGACCAAAGAGCCUGUGCUUAUGGGACUGUGUGGAAUCAGAUGUUCUGCAAGAGCACCUCCAAUCAUUCACAAGAGACCCAGCAAUGAACCCUUACCUGGAGUAGCUCCUCUUGAGGCUCCACGGGAAUCUCAGUUGCAUAUUCCUCGGUACGCUCCACACUCACCAUCAUGGUCUCUGUCUGGGUGAAGCUGUUGAUGAGUCCAGACAACAAGUUUGUGACCGAAAGGGCAUAGGAAAGGGCCAGGCCCACAAGACCUGCGGGGACAAAAAAGGCUUUGUCAAAAAGCACAACAACUCUGAAGCAAGGGAAACAACAGUGGCCCAGUUCCAAUAUGGGUAAGUAGAGGAGAAAGAGAGAGGUCAGCAUGUUAAGAAGGUGUCCCUUGCAAAAGAAUUGAUGGGGUGGAUUUUUCUUGCACAUUCAAAAUCUAACUGGAACCCUAAAUUAUUUUUAGGGUAUGUAAGACUGGCUUUCAAUUCUUUUCUCUGCCCCUUAAUGUCUGCACCAGCUCACUUGCUUUAGCUAUCUGUAUCUAUCUAAUUAUCCCAUACGUACACUGGGCAAGAUGAGCAUUGCUUCUCUUUCCUUCAGUGUGCUUCUGUCUGCUUUUUAUGGCCUAACACAUUUGGGAACAGAGAACCCUGUCAAACUAUAGGGGAGUUCAGCUGGAUCAUUGGCUUUCAACUGGGCUGGGUUGUAAACUUAGGCAGGCUAGAGUAUCCCCACCCCCUUCUUUCUUUUUUAAAAGAGAAAGAUGGGAGAGAGAGAGAUGAAAAUAGAAUGCAUGCAGUGGGGGGAAAGAAAAAUGACCUGAAGCUGUUGCUGAAGAGAGGCUGAAUCUUAGAAAAGAUUUUGCUGUGUAUUGUGUGCCGAGAAAGAACUCCAGAGGUGAAUUUAAUGGCAGAUGUCUGGAGAGUUCACUCUGUGAGAUAUUGAUGGCUGUGGUUCGCAUGUCAGCUUGAUAACAGCAGAAUGGAAGAGAACAUGACCUUGUACCACUCAGAUAAACACUGCAAAGAACUGAACGAGAGAAAGAACUAAAUUCUUUCAACACUCCAGGUCUGGAAGGGCUACACACAUGAAAUGGAUGAUAUAUCUACAAGAUGAAAUUGAGGUGAAGGUGAAAAAGGUGAAAAAGCAGGCAACUGGAAGAAUGGUUAAAUGGCAAGUGAAGGGUUUCAGCUGGAGACUAAAUAAGAAAUGAAGCAGCUAUGGGGGAAAUCUUGGACAUAUGAUUGAAACGGGAGUGGGAAACCUGAUUUUAAGAAAUUGUAUUAAAUUAACUUGGUUUGAUUUGUAAUAAUUUGGAAAAUCAAUAAAAAAUGAAAAUACAGUAUGAAAAAAUGACAAAUGAGUCCCGUAGUACAUGCUGGUAUAAAGGUAGGUCCUGGGUGGAUCAAACUACUAUUUAGCUGCUUUCUAGUCCUCCCAAAAGCAGAUAUCCAGGAUCCAUGUCAGAGAGUGGUGGAAAGAAGAAGCAUUCUGAGAUGUCAAUGGUAAAAGAUGACCACAGAAGAAGAUGCCUCCUUCAGAGGUCAUAAUCAGGUGGCUCACCAGGGUUUCCCAUUUUUUUCUGGUGCUGGAUGAUGGCGAUUCCUGCAAUAGCAGUAACUACAGCAACUCCAAUCAUCUGCAGCCGAAUGUCCAACCACUGCAUUGCGGUGUUACUGGCAAAACGGCAGCGCUGAUUCAGUUCAAGUCGCAGCUGGUUCUCUGUCUCAAACCUAGACUGGAUACAACCCAGAGGUUAAUAUCAGGAAGAGAUCCAUUGCAGUUCUCAGUACCUCUUUUUCUCAGCGGUCACAGGACCAGUUCCCCAGGUCAGCCCUUUCUGUGCAUAUUUAGACCUUCCCUGCCUGAAGAGCAAAACUCACCUGCCUGUGGCCCUGGUUGCUCGGAUUGUGCUGAGGCCUGUCAGGGUCUCUGAGAAGUGAGUGUAGAUGGGGGACAGGGUGAGACUGUAGAGGCGUUUGAGUUCUCGGGAGGUGCGCCGAUAAUAGCGCUGAAUUGAGUAGUAGAUGGCAGCCAGGGGCAGCAGAACGAGGCCGAUCCAAGGCAGGCCAUAGGUGAUCAUCACAAGCAUGCCCAGCAGCCCAAAGAUGUUGGCCAGGAAGAUGUUGAGAAUGAAUGGCAGGCUGUCAUCCACACAGUACAGAUCUGAGGAGAAGCGAUUAAGGAUGCGGCCCGUUGGCGUGGUGUCAAAGAAAGUCACUGUGGCCUGGCAAUAGAAGAAAAAGAUUGUAGUGAACCAUUGUGUGCUGUUUCACACUUUUAGAGAUUGAUCUGUGUCCUAAAAAGAAGCUGUGUCCAGAGGCUGUUUUUUGUGGCAGCUAAGUAAUUUAGAGAUUAUGGCACACAUCAGCUGCUUAAUUCUUGUACUCAAGACAAAACACUUAACAUACAAUACAUGCUUCUCCCAAAUGUGAUGAUGAUGAUGAUGAUGAUGAUUAUUAUUAUUACAUACAUCUCAAGCAAAUUUACAGACAUGGCAUAACCCCCCCCAAAGGUAGGUGUUUUUUUAAGUAAAAAAAAAAAUAGCGGCAGAGACCUAUUUUUUCCAGCUGGAAAAGCUUGUAGAAACAAAAAAUGUCAUCAGUUGUUUCAGGAAAUUACAGAUAGUGGGCAUAUCUCAACAAGGAAUGCUGUUCCAGUGAACCAGGAACAGCCAAAUUAUAUCCCAUGAUAUAAAAACUUAUUACAUGAAACAGUUUUGAAUCACUAGACAAAGCAAAGGGUUUGUUUUAAAGGAUUAGAACCAGUUUGUUUGAUGAAAUAUAAAGCCUUUAGCCUACUUUUUUUUUUCUAUCUCUGGGACAAGCCUUGCCAUAAGCAUUUUGAUGGGCCAUUGCAAGGACCUGCACCCAUGUAAGUAGAGUGACCUCAAACCAAAGCCCAAGAGGGAAGGAGGCUAAUCAGAUUUUUUUGCUGCAUAAACUGUGGAGGAACAGGGAGGAAUGCUAGUUUGAGCUUGCCCAACAGGAUAAUAUGCCAUCUCUUUUCUUUUCCCUCCUCUUUGCACAACAAGUUCUUAACAAAGACGCCUCAUCCCAAUACAAAGUCACCUUCAUGAUCCAGCUAUGAGACUUGCUGUGGGGAAGAGGAGUAUCCUAAGCAAGUGACUAUCUUAUCCUAACCUUGGUUUGCGUGAUUAUUUUCAAGACAGAUAUAAGAACUGUAUAACCUGUUCUAAACAAAGAGGAAAUACUGCGUUUCCAAACCAUAGUGAUGAUUAUUUUCUCGAGCCAUUUCUCUCAAGAGACCUCUGGGGUUCGUGGUCAGCACUUCAGCAAAGGAUUAAUACCUUCUACAACAGUCAACUGAAAUUAAAUGGGGUCUGGACAUAUGAACCCCAAAGAAGAGCAAAGCAGGGAGGUGGGCUUUAAGAGCAGCUCCCCUUCUUCUCCUGCCUGUCCCCUGUCCCCAAGCAGAGCUUCCAGGACCCAGAGCUGUCCUGUCUGACAGACUUUACCUUCAUCACCCUUUUGAGCAGCCUGUCGUGAAUGACAAUUGCAGCGUGAAUGGUGCCAUAGGCAAAGAGGAAGGCUCUCAGCAUCGUGAAGACAGAAUUGGCCCCAGCAAUGCAGCCGUACACAGUCAGGUAAAAGUUCACGUCCAAAGUGCCAUUUGAAGGAACGGAGGCAAAGACUGGAGAGCUGAGGAGACAGACAAGAUCAGUCAGGAAUGGCAGCUCACCUGAUGUCCAGCUCCUUUGCCAGGUCUUGGGCAAAGUCAAUAGGACCGCUCUCAAAGUGAGGGGAAGGGGUAUUCCUAAGAAGGCUCCACGCUGGUCCCUCCCAUUAUGCUCAGGCCUGGUGCGGCAUCUGAGGCAAAGAGGCAACCCAGUGUCUCCCUGACAACACCCCAGUGAGUAUGGGGGAAAUGUCAGACAGUAGCAGAUCGGGGGGUGGGGGUGGAGGUGAAGCAGCCAGCCAGCCGACUUGCCUGGUAGUCCUCCCUUCAUGGCCAAACCCUUGAAACAAAAAAAAAAAAGUUGUGCCAGCUGGGUGGGAUUAUCACCUCACCUCCAUGCUUGAUAAGCUUGCCAGGGGGACCAGGCAUGGGCCAGAAGUUCCCCAAUCCUUCCCUGCACCUAGGUGCCCAUUUCCUCUCAGCAACCCAUCUGGUAGGUUUUUUUAGAUCUUUCCGCCAAGCUUCUCUUUCGUUUCUAUAAGUUUUGGCGGCUCUAUCGGUAGUGUUCGGUUUUCCACUCAUGCCAAGGCAAACCUUCACAAAGGGGCUGCCAAAACAAAGCCCACGUGUUUCUGCACAUUCACUGACAGACUUAGUCCUCAGACUCAGUUCAUAGCUUAUACCAACAUACACGAGUCCCCCAUGGGAGAAGAGCAGCAACUGUGAGGAAGGCAAAGCUGGCAGGUUGCUGACAGAGGCGUUUUCUGGGCGGGGUAGGCUGGAAAUCCAGUGUGACAACCACCAGUCAGAGACAUUCCUAGAAGCUGUAAGAAUGAACAAGUAUCAAUGAGUGAGAUUUAACUUUACCAAUUCAAAAAUUAGCAGCUAGUUAAGAGGCCUUUCAUGUGAGUUUUGAGUUGUAAAAGUAGCCACAAGGUGAAUUUAUCUGUCCAUUUUAACUGUCCAAACUGUUAGGGUGUGAUUCACCUCACGGGUCCUGUCAAAGCAAGCCCUGUGCAAGGGCUUUGGCUUGCGCAAUGGGGCUUCUCCCCUCCUUCCCCGCCCCUUGGUGCUCCCUGAAAUUGGUUGGGAGAACUCCACAGAACAGAAUGUGGUGGGGGGGCAGGAGAGGGAGGAUAGCUGUCUCAAGAGGACACAGAAUUUAUGGGAGACAGCAAGAAACCAAGACCAGAGGAGGAAGAAAGUGAAAUCCUUACCUUGCAUUAGCAGCAGUGAGAGAAGGAUGGACAAUGCCAGGCAGCUGCCCACAGCCAGCCAAUAUGCUUGGUAGACCUGGAAAGCCACAGCCCCUUCUUUCUUCUCUUCCUCUCGCUUGAGGAGACAAUUUGCGUCAUUUGGCUCGUCUUCCUCAGGCUCUACCUCUUCUUCUUGGCUAUAUUCAGUGGGUACUUAGGAGGCAGAAAACAACUACAGGUCAUGGCAUGCAGGAAGGGUUCCUUGAUGGGCAACCAAGUACCCUUGAGUUUAAAGACUUCCCAUUUUGUGAUAUAUUUUCAGUUAAAUUAAAAUACCUGGCAAACCCACACUUCCAUCAGCUGCAUCCUACUUUGGUCUGUAGACCUGGCUGUUUAUAACUGGGAGCUAUUGCUCUUUUCCUUUUCAGGGCAGACAUAUGUCACUCUCAAAUUUGCUUAAAGCAGAGGAUGAGAUCUCCUACUGCAUCUGUUCCCCCCUGCCCUUACAUACAAACAAAAUAAAGCUUCUGAAGAAACCUCAUGCUAAGGCUAAAAUGCAGUGUAUGUGUGUGUGUAGUCUUUAUACUAAGAAUCUUUGGCCCCUGGUGUCUAUUUUACUGACUGUAGUAGGUUUAGGCAAUUAUUUUAACUUGAUUUGAUUCAUUUAUAGACCACCAGAUUAGGUGGUCUACAUCAGAUUAGGAUUCCAGGACAAUUCACAAGAUAAUGAAGAAUAACCAUGCAUUAAAUAAAACCUGAAGCUUAUAACUCUUUGCUCAAAAUGAAACAAGGAGGCCUACAUGCUCAACUGGGGAAAAGUAAUGUUCCUUCUUUGCCUUAGAUUUCCAAACUAGUUCACUCCUCAACCUGGCCAACUAGUCCUGAUGUGAGGUCUAAAAGGUCACAAACAAAAAGAUUCAUAAAUGUUUUUGCUCAGUUACCAUGUAUCCGGCAGAAGCAUACUAAAAUCCUCCUUAAAACACCCAGAACUUACUUUUAUCCUUCAUUGUCUUGUCCAUCUCCCUGAGCUGAGGGGCAGCUUGCACUAGUGGCAGGAUCUCAUUUGGAGUUCCUAGAAAAAAAUACCAAUAGGGUUGCAUUCGGCAGAAACUUAACUCUGUAUCUGUUACAGUGCGAUAUCAUCUGCCCGAGGCUCCUCUCUUUGGUCCUGAUUUGCCUUUUUGCAUAAGAAAGAGGUCCUGCAUGGAAUAUUCUCUAAUCCAGCAUGGUCUCCUGUUGGCUAAAGGUGUGUGUGUUUUGGGGAGUUUCACCAGUUGGCCUUUCUUUCUGCAAUCCUCAGCACCACCUUCCACUCUAUUCUGGAGGGUCUACCAAUCCUCCACAGCAGAUCCUUAGGAGCACUGAAGGAGGAAUUGGCAAAAAUGGCCUCCCCUCUUUUUCUGCAUGUAGGAACAUCCUGUGAGUGAAGCUCUGUCUCUCCACAUAGAGCAGCAUGCCUAGAAAGAUUUCUGAUCACUCUAGCUCUGUAAUCUAUUUGGAAACCUCAUUUGCACCCCUUAACAAUUCCCUUCUCCCUAAUCUCAUCUGCUCACCUGCAUUGUUGUUGCACUUUCCCCCAUUUUGGAUAUUUUAGUAACACAGCAUAUUCCUUGCAAAUUCCGUUGUUUACCCACAUUGUGGAAGUUUCUAUUUUAUUAUCUGAUUUAGCCUAUUUAUGGUCCGAUAAACCUUCAGGGUAGCUUACAAGAUACCAAAUUAACAAAACCACUUUUAAAAAAUCAUAAAACAACAAUAAAUGAAAUGAAACAAUUGAAUCAAUAAUUAAAAUGUAUUAAAAAGUGCAAAAAAACCCCAAACAAACUGCACAGGGAUAACUAAAACACUACCUGCUUGAUUUAAAAAACACCGUGUGACUCACCCUCUGAAUUCCCACUCUGAGGAGGGCAGCUCAGAACCUAGGCAUAGAGAAACAAAAGUGGUAGAAAACACCAGGCUAUACCUGUCUUGAGUAUUCUGCCAUUGUCCAUUAGCAAUAAGAUGUCAGCCUUUUCCAAAAACUCUGUUCUGUGGGUGCAAAGAAUCCUGGUCUUACGUUUGAGAAUUCCCAGAAUGCACUUCUGCAUAAGGUGUUUGGCUACAUCUGCAUCAACAGCUGCCAGUGGGUCAUCGAGAAGGUAUAAGUCUUUAUCCUAAGGAAAACAGUAAUAUAAAUAUUAUGGCUUUCUGACUUUGAAAUACUAAGGAUGGUAAAAAAAGAAAGAAAAACAUCUGAAAAUGACCUUCAUUUGUUUGUUAAAUAAUAAUAAUAAUAAUAAUAAUAAUAAUAAUAAUAAUAAAUUUAUACCCCGCCCAUCUGGCUGGGUUUCCCCAGCCACUCUGGGUGGCUUCCAACAAAAUAUUAAAAUACCACAAUACAUCAAACAUUAAAAGCUUCCCUAAACAUGGCUGCCUUCAGAUGUCUUCUAAAAGUCUGGUAGUUGUUCUCUUAGACAUCUGGGGGAGGGCGUUCCACAGGGAGGGCGCCACUUCCGAGAAGGCCCUCUGCCUGGUUCCCUGUAACUUGGCUUCUCGCAGUGAGGGAACUGCCAGAAGGCCCUCGGCGCUGGACCUCAGUGUCCGGGUAGAACGAUGGGGGUGUUUGUUUCACCCUAGUUCUUCUUAAGGGCAGGUCCUGUCAAUGGAAGCAUCACCACUUCUAUUUCAAGUUAGUGCCAUCUGAGGCUGCUUACCCAGCCCUUUAUAUACCUGGUAAACAGCUCUUGCAAGCGCAACUCGAGCUUUCUGUCCCCCGCUGAGUGUAACUCCAUUCUCGCCCACCUCUGUCUGAUCGCCUGCUGGCAAAAUCUAAAAGUUAAACAGAGAGAUGAUAAGUAAUUUAAGAAGUGUUAAACAGAUGCACUGAGCUAUAGCAACAUCCAGGACCCCUGACUUUGGUUCACAGCUCUAGUGCAAAGUCCUUCUGGACAAGCAACCAGGUGCCAAAAUGUCUGCAGAGAAACCAAGGAGAUUAAAUGGCAGUUGGCAGCCACUGCCAAAAUCAGACCACCUGUUGUUCUGUUAAUGUUGUUCUGAAUCCAUUGAAAGGAAGGAAAGCAGAACCUUCCUAACACAUUGUGCUUGGGACUCGGUUAUAUCAUUAGUGUGAGCACAAAGUGGCAAUUGUUGACAAGAAAAUAUGACAAACUUGAAGUAGAAAAAUGCUAUUCCAGUUCUUUUCAGUCCAAAGGCAGAGUGAAUAUAAGAAUACACCGAAAACAGAAGCUUACCCCUCAAUAUUGAUGACUCCCAAAAGAAACAUAUAAUUAAUAACAGUACUUUGACCAUAAUCCUAGGAAAGUCAGUUGCACUUAAGUCAUUUGAAACAAUGGGCUAGGUUAAUCGUUUUAAAUGGGGCCUUCACCGAUUUUAGUGGAAAGUAAGCAUGACUAACUUUUUUACAUGGGGACAACUGUAUACAAAAAAUUGUAUUAAGAAAAUGCAACACAAAAUUCGAAAAGGAGGGCUCUUGGUAAUGUUGCCAAUUUGACCCGGUUCUGUUUACCAUUGAAACAAGAAGCUAGGAAACAGCUCUGGAAGUCCACAUUACUAAGACUCGCAUUACUAAGCUUUAGGUGGUCUUCUCAAUAUAUUCAAUUUGAGACUACACAGUUCCAUAUACAGCCUAUUAAAAGCUCUUACACUGUGCACUGGGAAUUCCCAAGGGCAGCCAUACAUCAGAUUGUUGAAUGCACAUAGAGCACCAAUGGUACCUAGGGAGCCAACCUAUUUUUUUCUCAUAGGACACUCACAUUCAAGUCAUCAGAGAGAGCACAGGCCUCAAUGACUUCCUGGUAAAACCUGGCAUCAUAUUCCUUCCCAAAGAGGAUGUUUUCACGGAUGCUGGUAAACUGGAUCCAGGGCUCUUGCGUGGCCAAGCCAAAUCCUUUUUCCAGAUCCCAGAUGUAAACUUGCUCACCUCGACUGUAUGCAUCCCAGAGAUGGGCAGGAGAAACAGACAAGGGAAAAAAGAGGAGGAAUUUAAAAUUGCCAUGAGAGUGGGUAUGGAAAACAGGCCUUUCCAGUCAUUAAUUUCUAUGAAGUUUGAUGCUGGACCUCUGUGUGCUUAGGAGUUUUCUAAUCCUUGUCAUGAUUAGGCUUGUGGUUACCUAAUAGUGAGAGGAAACACUUUGAAUGGGCCCAGUGAAUAGUGUUGGAGUACCUGAUAUUGCAAGUAUUGCUGAAGCUUAGAAAUUGUGGAACUUGUAUGGGAGGCCUCUGAUAAUCCCAUAUGUAAAAGGAGGAUGUAAGUAUAAUGAGCACAUCAAUACUAAAGAAAAUCACUGCAAAUAAUUAGAUUAUUAUUACCUUGUAUGCCCUGGCAGUGAAAUAGGUUUUGUGGCUAUACUCUGGUGAGACCAGAUUCAAAUUAAGCCUUAAGUCUUGCAGGUGAAAUCAUGGGUUCUUAAGACACAAGAAGCAAAGCAGUAUUGACUAUUUACCUACUGAGUUCUCCAGUGAUGGCUGCCAACAAAGAGCUUUUUCCACACCCAACUUUCCCAACGACUCCCACCAGUGUGCCCUGCAGAGGGAAAGAGGCACCAGCUGUUUCAGAGUUUGUUAUGCAACCUUGCUGUAGCACUUCACAAACAUUCAUUCAUUCAGAACACAUUCUUGUUCUCUCUGCAGAAUGGAAGUACAAAGACUCCCAUAUCACACGGCUGACCCAGCGGCAUUUCCCUGGACCGUUGCUCCUUGUUGCUCACCUUUGCCACCACCAGAUCUUGAAUAAAGAGCUGCAAACUUCCUCUGGGCAUGUGGGAUUCAGCAUUUUCUUUGCUUGCUGGUGACCAUGAAAAGGUGGUGCGGCGCAUUUCCAGGACAGAAGAUGGGUCAGAAGGGCCGUCUGCAAUGGAAAAGCAGCAGCACAUCUAUAGGUAAAUAGGACAGGAUUUAACAACAUUGUUACAUGCGUGGAAUGAGAUCUACUCACACAAUGGUACUCCCUCCCCCCUUGUGCGGCUCCUAAAUCUGCUCUGGAGAGUUGGGGAGAAACCCAGAACAGGUUUAGCAGGUAUGCGAUUGGAGGGGGGGGGGGAGUCCUGCUGUGUGAAUGAACCUAGUUCCUCAGUGCUGUGGUGACUUCCCCCCAUAUUCAAGAGGUACAUUUGGGAACUAUGAACGUUUGCAGGCUUUUGCAGGAAACUGUCUUGGACCAUCAGCUGCCUCCUUAAGAGGGCUAUGCAGAUGCUCCAAAAUAAAGAAGGUAUCCAUCUUUCCAUAAAACUUGCUUAUUCCUUCACCUGCCCAUGGGUUUCACAACUUUGGCCAUUGAGAGAAACCUAGAGUGUUACCACUGGAGCUCCCUGGUGGAAGCAACAAGAUGGGAACUCUGGAUUAGCAAAUGAGAGGAAACUGGCAUCCGGAAAAGGAGCACUGCUAUCAGGAUACACUUGAACACCAAAUUUUGUGGUUGAGUCCGUAGCCAAGCAGAAUACCCAAAGGAACAAGCACCCCCCUUGCUCUUUUCACAUCUAUUCCCAACGACUCAAGAGCACUUCUUUCCCUACUCUGGUGGUCUUACCCAACACCACCUGUUCUCCAGUUUCCCCAGUCACCAUACCUCUGCUAUAGUAAGCAUCCAGAUCCUGGUCUGUGAGCUCAAGGAAGUGCUGGACUCGAUCCAGAGAUACUUUGGCUUCUAAAAUCCCAUUCAGCACCCAGGGGAAAUUAUUGAGAGGUAGAAUGAGCAUCCCAACAAGUGCCAAAGCUGUAAACACCUAUGGGGAGAGAGAAGAUUUCAUGGGAUGAAAAAGCUCAGAGGGUUAAGCAAAGAACUGAAGUAUCCAAAGAGAGCCAGAGAAAAGCCAUUUUAGUAGUUGUGAACAGUGUGAUGUGUGCUCAAAUGUUCAAGGGUGUGUUUUAAGUGGACUUCCAUUAGGGAGCGUUAUCUUGGGGUCUAUGUCUGAGAAACAUCAGCUCAGAUUUAACCUUUCUGAGCAAGCUUUAAUUCCUGAACUGUGAUAGGAGCCAAGGCUACAAAAGCCUAAGAGGAGGGUAGAGAGUCUGAGAUGGGAAGGAAGAAACCAUCACUCUGUUGGUUUAAUAUUUAAUACUUUAAUAUUGUCUGCUUUCAUAUUAUGACUUUACUGGAGAGGAUUUUUAUAUUUUUUAUAAUAGUGGACAAUUGCUUCUUUAUUCCUCUUGUCUUCUAACCGAUUCUGCUUUUAUAUUUGUAAUAAAAGAGUAAAGCUUGAAAGACAAUGAACCUUGUUUUGUCUAGACAAUGCUCUGUAUAGAGUCUGUCUCACUUGUGAAGCCACUUACUUCUCACAUUCCAGGGAAAGCUAUCACUCAGGUAGGAGGUCCUUACUUCUGACACUAAAAGCAAUUUUAUUUCCCCCUUUCUAUUGCUCUUCAAUAGCAGCAAUGUUUAAAAUUGCUGGAAGUUUGCCUGAGCAGUGAUACCUUCUGAAGCCUUUGCAUACACCAUGACAGUUUAUUCAUCUGUUCAUUUAUUUAUAUAAAAAACAACCUUUCUAUCCCAUGACAGUGAACAUUCAUCACUAAAAAACAAAAAGAAACCCAAUAAAUGUAAAAUGAACAAUAAAACCAAAAUAACUUAAAACAAACAAAUAGCAGUGGAAGAGGAAAUACAGAAAGCAUGCUGGAACAAAGUUGCCUUCAACAAGGAAUGAUACAAAUCUCCUGGGGUAUCGCAAUGGAAAAUGCCCUUUUGUGCAUCCCAACCAACUUCUUCUCUGACAGUGGCAGGACGUACAAAAGGACCUCCCCGGUUGAUGUCAUUGGGUGGACAAGAUCAUAUAGGAUGACUGUUGUUCAAGUAUCCUGGCCCCAAACAGUGUAACACUUUAAAGGUAAAUGACCAGUACUUUGAAUUGAACCUGGAAACGAAUGGGUAGCCAAUGAAGCUGGAAUAACAAAAGAAGUCAGCUGCAUAUCCUAGGCAGAGGGAUCAUCAAGGAAUGGGCACAGCUCUUACCUUGGUAGCAGAGAGCUGGUGUCCAAGUAGAACAUAAGUGAUGAAGAUGACAAUGGAGACAACCACAGGCAAUGCUGCCCAGAGGUAGACACACACAGCAUCCAGGUAUUUGAUUGCUCGAAGGCUCUUCAACUCCUUGGCUCUGCAAGUAUACACUCUGCUGGCAAAAUGCUGCUCCCAGGUGUAGAACUUGAUCACUCGCAUGCCACACAAGAACUCCGUCAUCAGCUGCAGGUAAAGGGAGAUGCAACACAACAAUCACCGGCAUCUCUUUGUCACAAUGCUUUCUAUUUCAGCUAGGGCCUAAGUUAGCUAUAUGAGACACAGCACAGAAUCAAAGUCAUGUUCUCUUCUUGCUUGGUGAUGUAUCGGGGAAACAAAGUGCAACACAAAUACUGGGAUGAUCCAUUUAAAGUACUGUAGCCAGAAACCCAAUUCCUUCAGUGAAACAGUAUACAAAGGGAAACAUCCCCGAGGAGGGCUAGAGCACAUGCAAGAGGUCACAGCUUCAACUCCUUGUAUCUUGUUAAAGGACCUCCGGCACCAGAGCUGAGUAAGAUCUCUGCCUGAGACCUGGACGUACCACUGCCCAUUGUGCUUGCUCUGGAUUUCCUGCAUCAAGGAGGACUAGGUGGCCUUCAAGGCUCUCAUUUCAUGGUAGGUCAGUUUCUGGAACUUGGUGACAUGUCGUCUCUUGGAUUUGUGUGUGUGUUUGCUGGUUUACCUACACUGCUGGUUAUUUAUUUCCUGAUAAAUCAUUGCAACAUCCAGUUAUUAUUUCUGCUACUCAACAUUUUUAACAUGGAUACCUAAAUAAGUCAACAACUUUAAGCCUAAAUCACAAGGCAAGCAGUAUGGCAAGCCUUCAAAUACCACAUAUCCCCAUCUCACCUUGACACGUUCAUCUUUGUGCUUCAGCAUUUCCUUGUUGUUUUCCAUGAUGCGAUUGGCAACCACUUUAUUGAUGGGCACAAGAAGCAGAGCCAGAGCUAGGCCUCCCAGGAAAGCUAUGCCUACUUGCUGGUACAGGAGGUAGAGGGUGAUGGCAAAUUGGAAGGGAAGACUCCACAGCUCGUGGAAACUGAGGCAGAAAUUGAUCAAGCGGUCAGUGUCGGUGCUCAUGAAGUUGACAAUCUCGCCAGUGGUGAAGCCAGCCAGGCUGCUGCCACUCACCCGGAGGGCUUUCUGGUAGAUGGCAGAGAUAACUGCAGUGCGCACCAUAAGCAUCAUCUUGUUGAUCUGGUAACUGAACUGGUUACGCAAUAGGGCACCCAGUAAGGUACCAGCAAAGAGUCCCAGUGCAUACAUUAUCCCAUUGCUGAGAGGUUCUUGGCGUGACUCCAUGAAACUGACCAGCAGGUUCAGAAGCAGGGGCCCAGAGAAUGCCAAAAGACUGCCAGCCAGUUUGAGCAGGCCCAGAGAGUAAUAGCGUAGCCCAAAGGCAGCAUGCAACACUGAUAGGAGAUGUACAGGCUUUUGGGUAUCACAAGGAUGUGCUGGAGAUGAGAAUUCAUCAAUUCUCAAGUUACUUUUGGCAAAUGAUCUGUCCGUUGAAGAUGCAGUCUCUUUAUCCUCUUGGCUGAGAGCUGCUUUUUUCCGCCAGCAGGAGUAGAAGUGUUCACAGACUGCAUUGGCCUGGAGCUGUCGAGGGAGCUGAAAGACAUCCUGUGGCCGAUUCAGCAUCCACAGGUAGCCACGCUUCAUCAGAGGGUUCAUCCAAGCAUAGGAGAAACAUGAGAGCCAGCUCUCUCCAUCCUCUGCCACUCCCUGCCAAGAAGGUGCGGGGAUCCCUGAGUCUGUGACCAGGGGCUCUUGCUGCCAGGAAUCAUUGAGAGAGCAAUAGUCUAGCCUGCUGGUUGUAGGAAUGAUAUACCCAACUACAUAGAGAAGCAGAGAAGCUAACUGCAGGCAGAGGAUAGACAGCCGGAAAAUGGUGUCAGGUUGAAGCUGCUGACCACCCAUCUCAGUCUGGCAGUGCCACACCAAGGUUAUAAUAAGUGAUGGGAUUGGAAAUAAGGCAAGGAUUAGUAGGAUGGUAGGGCCACGAUUGAAGCUGUAUGGAGACUUGUAGAGAGCAAGUAGUGUCAGGCUGUGAGUAAGCCAUGCCAAUGUGCCUGUGCCACUUGCUAAUACUUCCAGGUACAAGGAGUCCAAUUUCUGUCGCCAAAUGGCUGCUGGAAUUAUGUCAAGGAUGGACAAACCAGCAAAGAUAAAGGACGCAGCAAUUCUGCAUUUCCACCCAGUUCUGUACACAGUCCGAGAACCUAAAGACCUAGUAAAGACAGAGGAGCAAGUGUCAUGAAAUGAUCUUAUCCCUUUUUCUAAUGCCCUCUCACUAUUUGUUCAUCAUUCUUGGAAGUCUGCACGCCUCGUUGCCUGGCCUCUCAAGCAUCAUUCAGUACACAAGAAUUGCUACACUGAUUCAGGCAAAAUAACUGUGCUGUCCGACACACUAUUUGCAAUUAUUUUUUCAUUAGAAGAAAAAAAGAUUCAACCCUCUGAACAUUCACAUUUACAAUUAUUCCUGUGACAACAAUUAAACUGGCUCUGUGUGGUCUAUCUUUUGUUUGUUUCAUUGGGACUAAUUCUCCGGUUGUCACUUUAAUUGCCUAGUUAGUCAGAAAACCAAGUAAGUUUCUAGACUACAUAAAGAGGGUGCCAAGGAGGGUGAUAAUUUCACUAUAUAUAUCAUGGCUCAGGAAUGUCCCAUCACUUUAAUUUUAACAGUCCCCCCCCCAAAAAAAAUCCACAGAGCUUAAGCGCACAAUAUACAUAUUUGUGUGAAUAAGCCAGAUGUCGCUCACACCUGUUACUAUACCUUGGUGUUCCUAUGUAGCAGGCACUUAUUACAGCAAGGACCAUGUGAGGUAUAGUGUUCAAAAUCAGCUGGUUAAAACAGUGCCCAACAUUGUUGUGGACCCAGACAGGGAGUGGAUUUACGGGACUGGUCCCACACAGGUUGGCUAGGAUCUCCUCCAUCCUCUGUCAGCAACAAGUACAACGGUCAAGAGUUCCUAAAGGAAAAGACAGGAAAACAAUGAAUGAAGCAUAAAGAAGAAGUAAUUUAUGCCACAACCUGAACAUUCUUGCAAUGAAGAAUAAAACCCUUUUACC